CGGAACCUCUGUACGUGGGGAAGGUAAAGGCAGCUGGGUCGUGGGGGGUGGGGGGCAGGGGCCGCCUGCUCGGGAAAGAGGGAGGGGACUGGGAACAUGGGGCUGCUUAGAAUCAUACAUGGGAGAGUGGGAAGGGACCACCAAGGGUCCUCUAGUCCACCCCCUGCAAGGCAGGGAUCUCAACUAGAAGGUCCCCGACAGAUGGCUCUCCGGCCCCUGCUUAAAAGUCUCCAAGGAAGGAGAGUCCGCCCCCCCUGCCCCCCCGGGAGAUGGAUUCACUGUCAAACAGCCGAAUGCACAUGGGCAGCACGAAACCCUUCUCAGGCUGCCUCUCCCUCCUCCUGCCGUGGGUCCUCUGAGCUGACCUGGAAAGUUGGCUGGGACAUGCCUGAGCAUUAAGUUUGGAUCGGUGCCUCCUCGCCUCGCCUCCCCCGGCAGGACGCUCUCUCCUGCCCCCCCCCACGCUGCUGAUGCCGCCGUUCCAGUUAAUUCACGGCUCCCCUGGGGAGCGACUCGAAGCAUCAGGCCUUGGCGAAUUCCAGAGGUAGCCUAGCAACAGCCUCCUUUCCAAAAUGAACUCUGGGAACCUAAAACUAACCCAUUUUACAGCCCCUUUGCACGCUGCUUGCCACAGCGGCUGCCAGCGCCAAGGAAACGGCAGGCUGGCUGCGCAGAGAAGCGGCUUCUCCCUCGGAGGGAGCGCCUGGGCCCUGGGGCCUCCUGGCCCUGUGGGCAUCGCCGUCGGGCACUGCCCCUUACCCCCUGCCCCUUGGCACGGCGUCUCUGCCAGCGCCGCCUCCUGCUCCUCUGCCCUGGCUCUCCCUGCACCUCCUGCCCGCUCGCCCGCCCGCCCCUCGCCCAGACGCGCCAGUCAGGACCAAUAACAUUUUCAUAAAAUCUGGGUACUUGAGCUAAUCCUUUUUCUGAAGUGUAAUUUCCCCCGAGGCCUCUGUCAGUUUGAUGUGGAUUUCCGUGGUUUUUUUUAAAUAAUAAAAAAUAGAAUUAUGGGGUCAGCAUGAGUUACAAACUUGUGCCUGUGGACAGAUCUAUUUUAGAUAGAGGAGGGGAUUAAAGGGGGAAAAACAGAUUUAAUUAAGUUGCUAAUAUUUAAAGGAAAUUGAUGAACUUGGGCUUUAUGAGUUGGAGCAAACACCAGAAGAGCCUUCAUUAAGGGCGAGUUCUUAUUUGAUUUCCUUUCUUCCACCGUCCCAGAGUCGUUUUUUAUUUGUGUAUCUGUGCUUUCUGUUUAAUCGUUUUAAUAAGGAAAAUGCACCUCUGCUCACAUUUAAUUUUGAUUUAAUUAGUAGGAGGUAAUUAAUGGCCUCGUAAAAUCCCAGAUUUCUGGCCCUUUAGGGCAAGGAAACAAUUUCCCUUUUUAACAGACGGAGGAGAUGAAAAGCUUUUGUCUGUUUUCCAAAACCCUCUUCAAGCUCCUUUCCCAGGGCUGGCGGCUGGAUUUCUCUGCCCUUCCACUCAGUGCCCCCCUCCUUCCCCAGGUGCUGAGCUGGGCUUCUCUGCUGCCCACAGGGGGACCUGGGAGCCAAAGAUGGGGAGGGGGUGGCAGUAGGGUCACCUCUGCUCCCCCCCAAAUGGGCACACUUCUCCCCACUCCCCCCCAUUCUUCAGGUGGACCAUCUGCCUUACUUUGGAGUGAUUCUUUUAAAAAAUCCCCUCCGUGGGUGUCUGCUGACAUCCUUGUCAGCCCCCCCCUCCAUGUGUGAAAGGCUCCAACUAGGGAGGAAGAGGAGGAGGAGGAAGAGGCUUCAGGGCUGACACAGCAGCUGACCCCCAGCUUCUGCCCAGAAGACAGAUUCCUCCUGGGGAGCUCAGUCCGGGGGGGGGGGGGCGCCUGUGGCUCAUAGCUGUGGCAAGUCCAUUGCACGGUUGGCACAGAGUUGACCUUGUAGCGUCAACGUUUGCUUGUGCCUCCGCAUUUAUUUCCUCUGCAAACUGACUUGAAGAGCCCCCCCCUUCCUGGUCCAAGCUGGGGAGGGACGCUGCUGGGAGCUCCAAGCGACCCCUUUCUGCAGGCUUGGGGAAGUGGCGGCAGGGAUCCGCUCUCUGCAGAGAGGAAAAGCAGGCGAUGGAAGGUCACGGAGGUGGGAACGCAGGGAGGUUGUCCCCGCCCCCCCCCCCGGUGGCUGAGCUCCCUGCCUGCCUGAUUUGAGGCAGGGGGUGGGCAGCGCAGUUCCUUGCCCGGUGGCUGCCUGUUCCCCAUGCCCCUCGGCUGCCAUCUUUGCCAGGCAACCGGGCACAGGUUGCCGCCUGCCGUGGGUGUCUCUGAGGUCCUUCUGGGGAUCCUCUCCUAAGAGUUUGGCCCUGAGGCUGGUUUCCCCUCCCCAGCGAGGUAAAUAGAAACAUAAACUGCCCCUAACGAGACAAAUCUAACGAGGGCCUCGUAAAACGUGGCAGGUCUGCCAUCCCUGCUGGCUGCGGGAGCCGCGUCUGUGUCUGGAGGUGGAUUAUGGAACUGCAGUUUGGAAGAUUGAGUGGGCCAUAAACAUUUUCAUAUUUCAUUAGCCGAUUAAUGGACGUCUCCCUUCUCUGGCAACUUUGCUGAUUCUCAGCAAAAAAUGUUGGGGAGUAAAUGAAGGCGUCUGGCGAGGCCUUUCCGGGGGCCCGGCCCGUUAUGGAUGGUCCCAAUUAACGCCUCUGCCGUGCGCCACCGCGCUGGGCUCUGCCCGUCCAGUUACCGUUAAUAGAUUUCUCAUAAGUGGCUGGAUUGUAAAAACCUCAUAACUCAGUUUAAUGCCACCCAUAAAAUUAUCUCCGGACAUCUGGCCCAGAUUCCAGGCACUCUGGGGCCGAGGGGAGAUGCCGAGGACCCUUUCGCUCCCGGGUGGCAGAGAUCCCUUCCGCAGGACGGGGGGGGGGGGAGAAGAGCUCUGAGCCAAGACCUCCCGCCACCUGGCUCCAGCUUCCCCAAAGGGCCACCAGCUGAGCUGCCCCCCUGAACGAGGGUGUCCUCAUCCACUGAUCUCAGCUGGAAUAUGGAAAGGGGCUCCGUGCCCUCUUGAGAUUGGGCACUUGACAUUGUUCUUUGCUUGCUCUGAAACUCUGGCUCCCUGGCGGCUGAGCAGGGCCAGGCUGGGGCAGAGACAGGUGCUCAGCCCUGUGGCUCAGGGAGAAGGUAGGUCGGGUGUUUGGCAUGCGGAAGGUUUCGGUUUUGAUCCCAAACCGUCUCUCGCCUGUCUCUCCUGUGCUGCUCUUUUGCUCUUUGGAGAAUUAGUUGCUUUUUGUGGUUUUUAUUUAAAGAAUUUAAUUGUGCAUGGCGCUUCAGAAAAAAUGUCAUUUUUUUAAAACCCUGCCCUGGGGCUGUUUGCUGAAAGGCAGGUACAAAAAAAAGGGACAAGUGAUUCAUCCCUGUUUGUCUGCUUGUUUGAUCUUCGGUAGCAGGAGUGGAGGAGGAGGGGGGCUUUUUUGCCUGAGACGCUGGAGAGCGUUGGAAGAUUCGGGAGGGAACAAAGAAAAGAGCAUAGUUAAAACUGUGGCACUUGCUCCCACCGGAGGCAGCGACGGCCACCGACUCGGAAGGAAGGCUUUAAAAGAGAACCAGGGAAAUUCAGGGGGGAGGAGAGGACUGGGGAGGCUCCUGGCCAGGCUGGCUCAGCCGGCAGCCCUCCUUCUGAAUCACUGGAAACCGCAGGAGGGGAGAGUUGCUCUGGGGCUCGAAUCCUGAUUGCAGUUCCCAAAACUGUCCAGCCGCUGUGAGAACAGGAUGCUGGGCCAGACGGCCCAUUGGCCUGAUCUCUUCUCAUGUUCUUAGCAGAGCUGCUGCCGGCCAGUGCAGGUGAGCUGCUUUGUGGAGCAAGUCCCCAAGUGUGGCAUCUCUGUUCCUCUGGCAGGCAGAGCGCCCUCACGGUUGCCCCCUGAGGAAGAGGGCCAUUUUGGAGUGUGUGUGGGGGGCUCUCCUGCUGGCUGCAGGGCCCCCUUUCUCGGCCACAGUGACCGUGUUGGAAGGGGGCGCACAGAGAUUCGUGGGCACCUGAGCAUCUCCGCUUUCCCCACAAUGCGCAUGGAUCUGCUCCUCAUUCCUUUUCACUCCUGGCCAAGGAAAAGGCCCCUCCCCACUUUCCCUGGGACCCCUCAGCCUUUGCGGAGAACCUCUGAGGUGGCCCUUAUGGGAACCCAGCCCAGAGGGUGGGGUCCCGGCUGUCACUGCGCUAAAGCCGAGUGUCAGAAGAAAUUCCGGCAGGGAGCAAAGUCAGACAAGCUCGUUCAGCCUCCGAGCUCAUUAGGAGUCUUAUAAAGCAGCCGGGAAAAGGGCUGGUGGCAGAGGGGACCCCAGAUAAUCCAGCAACCGGGACCCCAAACCUGUGUUUGAGGUGGAGUGGGCGGAGGCUCCUGCUAGUCACUUUACUUUUUAAAGUGAUUUUCCCUUUUUUCCCCCCAUAAUUUUUUUUAUUAAUUUACAACAAAACAAAACAUACACAAAAUUUUUCACAUCCAAUUUUCACAAAUUGCUUCUUUUCUGGACUUCCUUCAGCUUCUCCGUAAAUCAUCCAUAGUCAUUAUUUUAAAUACGCAUUUUGUAAUUUAUAUUGUCAUUAUUUAUACCCUUAGUUUCCUUUCUCUUUAAACAAUACUUCUUAGUUUUUCACAGUGCUUUUUAAACCCCUCUAGCGUUAUCUGUCCCUCACUUAUACUUUCCAGAUAUUCCACAAAUUUCCCCCAGUCCUCGAUGAACUUUUGGUCUCUUAGGUAUCUAAUUUUCCCAGUCAGUUUAUCCAACUCAGCAUAGUCUAACAGCUUCAUUCUCCAUUCUUCCACUGUCGGUAUUUCCUGUUGUUUCCAUUUCUGGGCCAGUAACACUCUUGCUGCAGUCACUGCAUAUUGGAAAAAUUUACAGUCCUUUCUCUUUAUCUCAUUUCCUAAUAUUCCUAACAAAAAGGCUUCAGGUUUCUUAGUAAAUGUAUAUUUUAGAAUCUUCUUCAAUUCAUUAUAUAUCCUUUCCCAGAAGCCUUUCACUUUCUUACAUUCCCACCACAUAUGAUAAAAAGAGCCUUCUUUAUCUUUACAUUUCCAACACUUAUUACAUGUCUUAUACAUUUUGCUAAUUUCACCGGUGUUAUAUACCAUCUAUAAAACAUUUUCAUAACAUUCUCUUUUAAUGUCAUACAUGCUGUAAAUUUUAGAUUUUCUUUCCAUAGUUUUCCCAAUCCUCAAAUUGUAUAUUAUAUCCAACAUCUCUGGCCCAGUGUAUCAUUACCGACUUAACUUCCUCAUCUUUUAAAUUCCAUUCUAACAACAGCUUGUACAUUUUGGAUAGAAUUUUGUAAUCAUUAUUUAUUAUUUCAAUCUGAAAUUUUGAAUCUUUAUCAGCAUAACCGCCAUCUUUGAUAUCUUUCCUAAACGUUUCAUUUAUUUAAAAAUAAUGCAACCAAUCAUAUACAUGCUCUUUAACUUGUUCGUAUGGUUUCAUUUUCCAUUUACCCCUUUCUUUAAAUAGCAGUUGACCAUAUGUGAUCCAAUUGCCUCUCAUAUUAAUUUUCUUUACACUCAUGACUUCUAACGGAGAUAACCAGUGUGGUACUUUAGGUUCUAAUAGGUUUUUGUACCUAUCCCAUACUUCAAUCAAAGGACCUCUGAAGAUGUGGCUCUCAAAACCUUUAUGGAUUUUCUUUUUCUCAUACCAUAAAUACGCGUGCCACCCAAAUCUGUUAUCAAACCCCUCUAAAUCUAACAGUUCCUUGUUUUCUAGUUUUAUCCAGUCUUUCAACCAGCAAAGGCAAGAUGCCUCAUAAUAUAAUUUCAAGUCCGGCAGGGCAAAGCCUCCUCUUUCUUUCGCAUCUGUUAAUAACUUAAACUGAAUUCUCGGCUUAGUGCCCUGCCAAAUAUAUCUUGAAAUUGCUCUUUGCCAUUCUUUGAAAAUCUUGUUUCCCUUAAUUAUAGGGAUAGUCUGGAAUAAAAAUAACAUCUUUGGGAGCACGUUCAUCUUAAUUGUAGAUAUCCUACCCCAAAAUGACAACUUCAUUCUUCCCCACACCUCUAGGUCCUUUCUUAUUCCAUUCCACACUGGUUCGUAAUUGUUCUUGUAUAAAUCUAUAUUUUUGGGGGUUACCCAUAUUCCUAAAUAUUUCACCUUUCUGACCACCUCUAUCUCUGUUUGUUGUUGCAUUACUUCAAUUACACUUUGAUCCAUAUUCUUCGCAAUCAUUUUCGUUUUCUUCUUAUUUAAUCUAAAACCUGCCACUUUUCCAAAUUGUUUAAUUUCUUCCAAUACUUCUUUUGCUGUGUUCAUUGGUUCUUCUAUCGUUAUUACCAAAUCAUCUGCAAAUCAUCUGCAAAUCAUCUGCAAAUGCUUUAACUUUAUAUUCAUUUUGGUCAAUUGUUACUCCUUUUAUUUUCCUAUUUUGUCUUAUCGAAUUCAAAAGAACUUCUAACACCAUUAUGAAUAAUAAUGGGGAAAGUGGACAUCCUUGUCUUGUUCCUUUUGCUAUCUUUAUUUCUUCUGUAACUACAUUAUUUAUAAUCAAUUUUGCUUUUUGUUCUGUAUAAAUUGCCUUUAUUCCAUUAAAGAAUUCUUUACCAACCUCCAUAUAUUCCAAAUUUUUUAACAUAAAGUCCCAUGUUAUAUUGUCAAAGGCCUUCUCUGCAUCCACAAACAUCAUUAUGGCUUGUUUCUCAUUCCUGGCAGACAGAUAUUCCACUAUAUUUAUUAUAUUUCUUAUAUUGUCUUUCAAUUUUUUCAAUUUGAUUUUCCAAAAGAAAGAAAGAAAGAAAAAGAACAGAAAAGAAAAAGAAUUACAUCAAAAUAUGAUGUAUCAAGUAUCAAGAUUACUUUGAAUCUCCUGACUUCUCCCAAUCCCAUCCAUGGGUCCUCUUAAUUCUGUUUUCAUCUGCAUAUCAAUACUUUCCCCAGUUUUUCAUCUUCCUAAAUUAUCUGUCGUUUCUAUUACAUUACAAGUGUAUUUAGAAUCCUGCUAAUGUUUUGACCUGUUUGCAAUGAGUUUGUAUAUACAUUUUAAACAUUUCCCAUUCUUUUUAAAAUUUCUUGUCUUCUUGGUUCCUGAGCUUCCAAGUUAAUUUUGCCAUUUCGGCAGAGUUCACCCACAUGGUUUGCCAUUCUUCUCUGGUCGGGGCUGUCUCCCCCUUCCAUCUCUGGGCUAGCAACUUCCGAGCGGCCGUUGUAGCAUACAGGAACAGUUUCUUCUGAUCUUUUGGAAUCUCGGUACCUAUAAUUCCUAGUAAAAAAGCUUCUGUUUUUUUAAACAAAGGUUAAUUUUUUUAAAUAAAACAUUUCGUUAUAUAUCAUUUCCCAGAAUUUUUUAAUUCCAUUACAAUUCCAGGUACCUGCUAGUUACUUUCCAAGCCCCCUCCCUCCAAAAAGAUGGGCUUGAGGUGGUGGGGUUUCCACCAGUGGCUCUGGGCAAGCCUGGGGGGCUCCUCUUUCCUGGUUGGCAGGAUCCUGGCCACUGCCCAGAGCCUCCCAGCAGAAUCCGAUCCUGGUCCCCAGAGCCGCCUCCCCAGGCCCUGCUCCAAGUUGCCCAAGGGGGCAUACGUGACUCCCUGCCCUUUGGCCGCACAACAACCCUGUGAGGUGGGAGAGGCCAAGAGGUUGUGUGAACUUGAUGGCUGAGCAGGGAUUCGAACCCAGGCCUUUCCCAGGCUCUGGUCUGACACUCUUAAGCUCUGCGCCAUGAUGGCUCUCAGUCAAAAGAAGAGAGGCAGAGUUACUCCAGCAAUUUCUCAUUUGGUGAAGGUGGCGAUGGAGUCAACAGGGUCACGUUCAGCUGCUGCCCCUUGCUGCCCCCUAGAUGCCAGCCCCACACAUGUCUGGAGCCAAGGGCCUGGCCAUUGGGAGCUGCUGCCACUGGGAAAUUGCCAUAUGCCAAGGCAGGCCGCUGGGUCCAUCUAUCUCAGUAUUGGCUGCACUGACUGGCAGCAAUGGCAACUCGGAGGCAGGGUCUCUCCCAGCCCUCUUUGGAGAUGCUGGCGGAGGGAUGCUAUUUGCCCUCAAAAUAAAGGAAGCCGCUAGUCCUCAUGGUUCUAAGUAAGGGGCUGGGUUGAAUAGGAACACGAGAGGCUGCCCGACACUGGCUGGCAGCCGUAACUCUCCAGGGUUUCCGGCAGGGGGCUCCAUCCAGCCCUGCCUGGAGAUGCUGCCGGUGGGGCUGACCCCGGGGCGCCUGCUCUCCUCCCUGCUUGUCUCUCCCAGCACCAACCUCCCCGUCUCGCGUUCCCCGCAGAUCCACUCGGACUCGGACGAGGGCGACGGCUCCAUCAAGUACACCAUCUCCGGGGAGGGGGCCGGCACCAUCUUCCUGAUUGACGAGCUGACGGGCGACAUUCACGCCACCGAGCGCCUGGACCGUGAGCAGAAGACCUUCUACACGCUGCGCGCCCAGGCCAGGGACCGCCAGACGGACCGGCUGCUGGAGCCCGAGUCGGAGUUCGUCAUCAAGGUACAGGACAUCAACGACAGCGAGCCCCGCUUCCUGGGGGGGCCCUACAUCGGGAGUGUGGCCGAGCUCUCCCCCAUCGGUGAGUCCCUCUGCACGCCACCCCCACCCCCCACCCAACUGCCCCCACCCCAGGGUCCCUGCGGAGCAGGCCGGGGGCUCAGGGCUUUCCAAACGCCUGCCCUCCGGUCCUGUGCCCCCCCUCCUCCGAGGGUCCGGCCUCUGCUUGUGCAAGGCCCUUGGGGGGUUUCUUUGCCUCCUCCAUGCUGCCCCCUCUGGGGCCUUUUUGACCUGCUUCCUUCACCCCCCCCAGGCUCCCCCCUUACACCCCCGCUCCAUCUGCAGCUCCUGGCUCCAGGCCAUGCAGGGGACGUCCUUUCCGCUGCCUGGAAAAUACCCCUUUCCCUUGGGGUGGGGGCUGAGGAUUUGUCAGAAUCGUAGAACUCUCGAGUCGGAUGGGGCCUCCUGGGUCAUCUAGUCCAACCCCCUGCAAUGCAGGAACCUGCAACUGAAAAGCAUCCCUGAAGUCCAGCAGUUUCUCCAAACAUUUAGUGGGAAGUUCCUCUCUUGCCAUUUGAACUUGCCGCACCAGCCCUUGCCACCUGGCGCCCUGCUAAGUGGUGCUGGGCUGCAACUCACAAGGUUGGGCCAUUUGAGCAAAACCUUUUGGGGCCGACAAGAUGUGAGAUUUUGUUGCAUGGGCUUCCCUUGCGUUGCAAGGCGGUUUAGAGGUCACAUAGCUGUGGGGUGAGGGGGUGAGACCUACUCUGGAUCGGGGCACUGUGGGUGGGGGCUCUUUAACCCUUUCAGCCACCCAGGGUCCCAACUGGAAGCAGCCUUACGCAUGGCUCCCUGGGCUCUUCGUUACCUGGUCAGGUUCAAGCCCCUCAAGAUCCCUUGUGGACCAAAGAGAGAAGUCACUCUUCGUGGCUCAGAGGCACAGACCGUGUCUGCCAUGACGCAGUACUAUGUGCCCAAUUCUGUGCACUUCCUUUUUUUAUAAUUUUUAAAAAUUAAUUUUUCAAGAAAUAACAAAAAUAAAAAACAAGCAACAACACAAAUUUAUACACAAAAGCAGUAUCAAAUCCAUAAAAUAGAAUUCUCCGAAUCCCGCGACUUCCCUCCCCCACCUCCCCUGGUUCCUUAAUUUUCUUUUUCAACUGCAUAUCAUUUCAGCUCCGAAUUAUUUUUCUACCUCAAAUUUCUUAUGCUUAAAAUCCUAUCCAAUUUAUUAACCUGUUUACAAUACUUUUGUAAAUACAUAAUCAACAUUCCCCCUUCCAAUGGGGGUCAGACAGGCCUCUUUCUCCCGGCUGAACUUCCAGCACUUCCAGAAUCUGUUUUCAUUUUACUCCAAUGGGCUUUUAUACAGAAUCCAGAUUUUAUUGUUUUAACUCGUCUUCGGUUCCAUUGUAUCAAGUCUCCCGCCCACUACUUAGAGGCCCCUGGGACUAAGUGGUACCUGAAUGGUUGAAGUGAAUAACUAAAUAAAUUUGUAAUGGGGGGGGGUGAGGGUAAAGUGGUCGAACCCAAGCGUUUUGCAGGAUCCCUUGGGCUUUGGGGGUGAAAUGGUUUUGGGGCUCAGCUGAGAUCAGCCCCAGAGUCUGUCUCCUGAAAUGGAAGAUGGAAUCCCUAAAUGAAGACGUGGUCCUUGAGCACGUGCAGACUGCCUGCCUUGCCCCUCUGAGCCCCCGCAGCCUGCCUUCCCCACCUUCCUUGCUUUAGGAGCUGAGCUGCAGAGAGAAGCUGGGGGGGGGCAGGGUUGAGCCCCGGCACUUAUUUCCGGAGAGGGGGCUGUGAGCCCCCUUUGCUCUCCCUGGGCGGGUGAGAAAGAAAAGGCAGGCUCUGUUUUGGGGAGGGAAAGAGCUGCUUGGUCCUUGGGGGGGGGGGGAGAUAUUAGCGGAGGCUCUGAUUAUUUGAAAAUCGCUCACAAUUAUGGGGUGCCUGAUCAGGAGCUGAUGGAAACAAGGCAUAUCAAAGGCGGCGGCGCCUGUGCCAAAUUGCAGAUCACAGGCAGGAAGAGACGCUCCUUCCCUACAUGAAAGGAGGCGAUUCCUGCAAAUUAAAAGGCUCAGAAGUUAAAAGCAGAGCGAAGGGUUUGGAGCGGCAGCUACGUGCCUUGGCAGCGCAAUGGGCGUCCUGGGAGGCUUGCGUGCGGACGCCAGACACGCUCCGCGGCGGAGGAGCCCCAGGCCCUUGUCAGAAGCGCUCAGACCUUCCUCCUCCUCCUCCUCCUCCUCCUCUGCUGCGGAGGCAGAAACCAGAGGCUCCUUAUGGCAUCUCUGAGCAGGGAACGGGCAUGGGGGGGGGGAGCAGGGUGACUGGCACCCGUCUCCAAGGCGCCUCCUUCUCACCCGGGUCGCGUGUCUCCAGGUGUCCUGGGUGCACCAAGAAUGGCUUUCGAACUGUCACCUUCCACAUGCCGCUCCUGCGUAAGACACUGUGGCUCAGCAAUUUGACUGGGGGAGACCUGGGUUCGAAUCCCCACUCAAACCUGGGUGGCCGGGGGGGGGGCUGUCAUUGCCUUCUCUUGGCCUAACCUACCUCACAGGGAUGUUGUGGGGAUAAAAUGUGUGCGUGGGGGAGAUAGUGAUAUGUGCUGCUUGGAGGAAAAAGAAGGGUAUAAAUGUGCCCAGUCUCAGGGGCCAGGAUUUCAGGAGGGGCUGCCACUGCCACCUCCCCCCCCAUCCUUCCUACCAGGAGGAGUUGGGCAGCAGAGGGCGAGGUGGGGGGCCUUGGCUGAAACCUCUUGGCUGGGAUUGUGAGCUCACGCUGGGGGUCCGGAGCUGGGUGUGGGGGUCCUUAGCAGCGUCUUUCGGUCUGGGGUUCAGCUUUCCUCUGCCCUCCCUGCUGAGUCCCCCCCCCCCCGUGCUUCUUGGGCGGCCACAAGCUUCCUCCACCAGCUUAGAGAGGCGAUUUGGCGGCUGGGGGUCAAGACUUGUCCUGAUUAUCACUGCAGAGGGAAUUGGUUAAUCUCCUGCGGGGGGGGGGGCUGCCCAUCUCCCUCCCUCCUUUCCUAGAGCCGAUUUGCUUGCUUGGCCAAGGCCGGGGGGGGGGGAAGGUGCUGUCAUGAGUCCCAGGACCUUCCGCUGUGGCUCCAGCAAGCCCAGCCAAGAGGGACAGAUGGGUUUCUUGGGAGUGCCAAGCUCUGACAGCAUGACCCCCCCUUUCCCGGGGAGAGCGUUGGCAUUCCAGGCUCCUUCUGGCCACAGGUGUUCCCUAGGACUCUGGCUCUAUAAUAAUAAUAAUAAUAAUAAUAAUAAUAAUAAUUUAUUUAUACCCCACCCAUCUGGUUUCCCAACCACUCUGGGCGGCUUCCAACAGAAUAUUAAAAGCACAAUCAAACAUCAAACAUUAAAAACUUCUCUAAACAGGGCUGCUUUCAGAUGUCUUCUAAAUGUCAGAUAGUUGUUUAUUUCCUUGACAUCUGAAGGGAGGGGGUUCCACAGGGUGGGCACCACUACUGAGAAGGCCCUCUGCCUCGUUCCAGGUAACCUCACUUCUCACAGGGAGGGAACCGCCAGAAGGCCAUCGGAAGUGGACCCCGGUGUCCGGGGUGGAGACGCUCCCAAGUAUACUGGGCACAAACACUUUGAAUUGUGCUCAGAAACGUACUGGGAGCCAAUGCAGGUCUUUCAGGACCGGUGUUAUGGGGUCUCGGCGGCCGCCCCCAGUCACCAGUCCAGCUGCCGCAUUCUGGAUUAGUGGUAGUUUCCGAGUCACCUUCAAAAGUAGCCCCAUGUAGGGCACAUUGCAGUAGUCCAAGCGGGAGAUAAUCAGAGCAUGGUAUCUAGCUGGGCAUGUGUGUUUCUGCUUGGCGCUCUCUCUCUCUCCCGCUCUCUCCUUCUUGGAGGUUUUGUGUCCCUUUCCCCCCAGCUCCCUGGUCCUGCCAUCUCCUGCUGUUGAAGUGGCAGAACAUCUGCUCUGCAUUCAGAAGGUCCUUGUCCUAAGAGGAGACUGGUGGAUCAGGCCCAGGGCCCAUCUAGCCCAGUCUCUUGUCCCCGCAGUGCCCAGCCGGACGGCCCCAAGGGAAACCCGCAAGCAGGAUUCGAACAGAGAGCAGCCCUUGCCCCUCCUGUGAAAGGUCCUGCUGGAGGAGUGUGGGGAGGGGGAGAAGGGAGAGAAGCCAAAGGAAUUAUUUGCCUCCAAUGCUCCUCACUGUAGGAGGCAUCGGGUGGAGGCGCCGGCCUCGUUUGUGGAAGGACAAAGGCGAAAUUCUCAUCUGGACUGCUGUAAUAUGUUGAGCCUGGGGCUGCCCCUGGAGACAGCUUGGAAGCUUCCAACAGGAUUGCUUGUUUGCUCGGUGGAGAUGGUAGCUGGGUCCACAGAACCCCAGUUCUCAGCAGCAUCCAUUGGUUUUGAAUCCCACAUGCCGGACGUUGUGACCCCUCAAGCUCUCCCAGGCUGGGGGUGGCUCUGCUACCUGCGAUGAGGUUGUCUCCUGGGAGGCGCGGAGCCUUUUCAGUAGAGGCUCCCGGACUUUGCUGCGCCUUCCCUAACGAGGAGCAUCAGAAACCUCCCUUCUGCCUGGCCAGAUUGUUGUUCCCUCCAGAGUCUUCUCUGUGUCCUUCCACCUGCUUCUGCCUCUAACUAGAGAUGCUUCCAAGGAGGGAGUCUGGGUCCUCCUGGGCCAAUUUUGCCACGACCGGAGUGUCUUGUAAGCCUCUGCUGGGAGCUUUCCUUUCCCAAGAAGCCCUGCAUGGAGUCGGUUGGUCCCUGUUAACCUGUGGGUGCCUUAAUCUUGUGCGUUUCCAAACCGUUAUUUGAUGAAAGUCUUUGUGUGUGUGUGUCUUGUUGCCUUGUUUGCAUUCUGCAUUUUCGUCUUGCUUUAAGCUGCUUUGAGGGGCCUUUGGGCCAAAAGGAAGAAUAAAAUCUGAAUAGACAAGCAAACAAACCGGAGGGAAAUGAACAAGCGACUUGCAGGGUCCAGAUGGCACCCACCUGUGGGCUCUUGCCACCCCAAGGCGGGAAGAGAGCCCCCACCACAAUGCUGGGUCCCUGCAAGCGAGCCAGGAGGGGGGAGCCAAAGUCUGCUGCAGGCAAAUGGGGAAAGCCUUUCCCCAGCCCCUAAAGGAGCAAGACUCCCUGCCCAGGGCAGAGCAAGUCCUGCCUCAUUGACCAUUCUCUGAGCAGCAAACAGAUGAAUUGGAAAGAUCUGGCGGACAUCGUCUGCUUGCCAGGCCUGUCAGAAGCCUCUGAAGGACUUUCGCAGGACAGGCCAUUGCGUGGAGCAGGAGGCGGAGAGAGAGUCUGAGCUCCCAGGCCACUGUGGGAGGGGGCAUUCUUAGGUGACAGGGGAGGCAGGCAGGGGAUACAGAGAGCCUCCGAAACUCCUCUUCCACACCUCCAGUGGGGAAGAGAGGGAAGGGGCCAGCCAAGCGAGGAAAGGGCUCAAGGAUGCUGCUGAGAGCCCCAGCGCCUCACCUGGCCAGGCUGGCCAGGAGGGACGCCCACCUUGCGCAGAGGGGUGAAACGCAAGGGGGGAAGGAGGAGGCUUGGGGUGCCGAAGUUCUUGUGUUGGGGGAGAAGGCGGAAGGGGCCACUCCUGAUUUCUGCAAGUGACUGAGACGGACAUGAACUUGGUAGAUCUGCACUGUAAAUAGUUUACACAAUAAAACCUGUAAAAGACAGGUCCUGCCUGGUUACUCACGAGCAACCACCACCAGCCCCUGACAUUAGGGGACGGGACUCAAAACAGAAAGGGGGGCGCCACACCUGUGCCGUACUCUCUGGAUUCUUCUACGUGGUUAAACAGUGGAACUCCCUCCCACAGGAAGCAGGGACAGCAUCCAACCUGGACGGAUUUAAGAGAGGAUUUGACGAGUGGAUGGAGGAGGAGAGGGCUGUUGAGGGCUCCAGCCAGGACAGCUCUGCUUCUGUCUCCACAGCCAGAGGCAGCCCUGCUUCUGAAUCCCAGUUGCUGGAAACUGCAGGAGGGGAGAAUUGCCCUUGUGCACGGAUCCUGCUGGCGGGUUUCUCACAGGAGGCUGGACUAGCUGGGACCUGGGCCCAAACCAGCAGAGUUCCUCUUCUAUUCUGGCAGGGUUCUGUCUCCUGCUUCUCAAGAAGGGUGUUGUUUUAUCUGAUGAUACAUUUAAAUGUUCAUUGGCUGCUCUUCUGUCAUGCCUCGCAGAGCGGCAUGCAAAAUGCCAUAAAAAUGCCAGAUCUACAGCAGAACAUUUCAGCAGCACAUUUGGAAAAGCUGAGUGCAAAGCUUUUCCCUCUCUGAAGGGUUUCACCUGAUGCUGCAAAGAGAGUCUGAAUGAUCCGGUGCUUGCAUGCUCUUCUUCAAAGCAUUUUUACCCCGCUCUUCAGCUGCAAAGGCCCCCAGGUGAAUUGCAGGAGAAUGAGUGCAACAGGGGCCACCACAAGAAAGCCCUGCUCCUGAGAUCCCGCCUUGCCUGACUUCACGAGAGCCAGUGUGGUGUAGUGGUUAAGAGCGGUAGUCUCGUAAUCUGGGGAACCGGGUUCGCGUCUCCGCUCCUCCACCUGCAGCUGCUGGGUGACCUUGGGCCAGUCACACUUCUCUGAAGUCUCUCAGCCCCACUCACCUCACAGAGUGUUUGUUGUGGGGGAGGAAGGGAAAGGAGAAUGUUAGCCGCUUUGAGACUCCUUAAAGGAAGUGAAAGGCGGGAUAUCAAAUCCAAACUCUUCUUCUUCUUCUUCUUCUUCUUCUUCAGAGGGGAAAGAGGGAUGGGGAGACGCUGAGCCCCACUGUCUUCCUGGCCAGGCAGGUUCUCAUGGGCACCCUGCUGUCUCCUCAGCCCAGAUCAACUUGUGACGACUCCUCAUGGCUUCAUCUCGAUUUUUAAUGGCAGAGGGGACAGGAUGGAGCUUUGCAGCAGCCUGCCAGGGUGCCAGGAGAGAGCUGCCCAGUGCUGCCCUCUGACAUUGGCCCCGUAGUUCAUAGUGGAGCAACUGUGACUCCUCCAAGUCUCUCAAGAGCCAGUGUGGUGUAGUGGUUCAGAGCAAUAGACUCGUAAUCUGGUGAACCGGGUUCGCGUCUCCGCUCCUCCACCUGCAGCUGCUGGGUGACCUUGGGCCAGUCACACUUCUCUGAAGUCUCUCAGCCCCACUCACCUCACAGAGUGUUUGUUGUGGGGGAGGAAGGGAAAGGAGAAUGUGAGCCGCUUUGAGACUCCUGAAGGGAAGUGAAAGGCGGGAUAUCAAACCCAAACUCUUAUUCACAGGCCCUUCUGGAGGAUCCCGUGAUCCUCUGCAUUGAGCUGCCGAGAGAUCGAGUGGAAGCAAGAGGGUCACCUCCUGCCUGGGGAAGACCAUCGGUCAGGGCAACCCAGACUGCUGCCAUCCCAGUUGCACCUUGGUGGAAAGGGGUGGAUGGAGGGAGGUGGGGUCCCAGAGUAGUGGGGUGGGGGUAUUUUGUCUCCAAGCCCUGUUGCUGCUCCCCCCAUAGCGUGAGAUGCUGGCUGGGCUUUGUUUUUUGGGGGGUGGGGUGCCUGCCUUGGGCCUUGUCUUGUUCCUGCAAAUCCCCCUGAUUGAUUCAGAUAAAAGCAGGAGAAAAACUCUCUAUUAGUGAACAGCAAACAGAGGAGAGAAAGCUUCGAGUCAACCAAAUCCUUCGCAAGCACCAGCUAAACCGUCUCUGGGGGAUGUGAGUCAGACCACAGGCAGCACAGAGCCAGGCAAAGCCGGGGAUAAAAAAACCGCCGUCGGGGGAAGCAGCAACAGUUGCCCCCCCCGGCAUUGCUGUGUGUUGCCCAGGCUGGCAGGGCUGGUGGCUGGCAGGGUCCCGGCAGGAGGGAGGGGCUCAGGCUGGUCUGCGUGUGCAGCAAGGGCAGCCGCAGAGGGGGAUCUGGCCCCGGUCCACGAAUUCGGAGGUUGGGCUUCAAGCAAGAACGACCCUGGCCCCGCUGGGACAUCUCCUGCCUUCCCUUUGCACUUGGGGGGAGAGGACACAUCCUGCCCGGUGAAUAGCCAUGGCAUUUUGGUCCUCCGGCUCAGAAAGUCCUCAGAGAAUCACAGAAUAGUAGAGGGACCCUCAAGGGCCAUCUAGUCCAGCCCCCUGCCAUGCCGGAAUCUGAGCAUCCCUGGCAGAUGAGCACCCAACCUCUGCUGAAGAACCUCCCUGGGAGGAGAGCCCAGUGGAGCUGCUCUAGCCAUGAUUUUGUCAUCCGGCUUCUGAAGGUGUCCGAGUGACACUCUCCUGGUCCGAUGACCAAUGGCCAUUCACCACUUGGAAGAGCUGCGCCGGACAGCUGCUUGCAGACGCAGCGGUGCCAGAGAAGUUCAAAGACUGUCUCAAGGCAAAUCUGGAAAAAAUGUAGUAUAAACACCAACAACUGGGAGACACUGGCCUGCGAGCACUCCAGUUGGAGACCAGCCUUUACCAAAGGUGUCAUGGGCUUUGAAGACACUUGAACUCAGGACGCAAAGGAGAAACGUGCUAAGAGGAAGGCAUGCUUGGCAAAUCCACACCAUGAUCAGCUCCCGCCCGGAAUCCAAUGUCCCCACUGUGGAAGGAUGUGUGGGUCCAGAAUUGGCCUCCACAGUCACUUACAGACUCACUGUUAAGACCGUAUUCAUGGAAGACAAUCUUACUCGGCUAUGAGGGAUCGGCAAAGAAGAAGAAGACAAAGAGAAGAAGGAGAAGAAGAAGAUGAAGAGAAGAUGAAGAAGGAGAAGAAGGAGAAGAGGAGAAGAAGCCAGAGAGGUGAGCUCCAUUUGCCACGUGGCACAUGGUAGGCGUGGUGGUGCUGUCAGGUUCAAGCCGAGGAUGGCACCGCAGCCAGGGGUUCCUCCCCAGAGCCAGCCACAUCUGGCUCAGCCUCCAGGGGACUCUGGGCGUGGGGGGUGGGGGUCCCUCUUCUGGCCUCCAGCACUUGUGUCCAUGUGUUUGCCUUGCACAUCUAUGGACAUGCAUUUCAUUUAUGAAACUUCUGAUUGUUAUAACCAUUGGAAGGGGGUGGAGUCUUCCUCCUCAGAGGUUUCCAAGCAGAGGUCCAAGAGCCAUCUGUCAGGGAUGCUACAGCUGUCAUUCCUACCUUGCAGGGGGUUGGACUAGAUGACCCCCUGGUUACCUUCCAACUCUGCAAUUCUAGGAUUCUUGCUCACUUUUCUGCAUGGGGGGUUGGGGGGAGCCUUGCCUGGGGGGGGGGGUGCCCUGUUGGGUUCAGCCCAGUCGGACCCUUCUGUGCUUCUUCCCACCCAACUGAUGCCACCUUUUAGCAAAGAGAGAGAGAGGGGGAGACCAAUUUGCUCUGACUUGUUAAGUUUUUUUGCUUUGGGGGCCCCCCUGGUGUGCGCUGGAGAGAAGGUUGGGGGGGGAACCUCUCUUUAUCCACUUUACGUGCCUAAUUAUCUCUCUCGCUUGGGGGGGGGGCUUCUGCAGCUCAUUGCCAAUGCUGAGGGUUUGUUUGCUUGCGAGUCUUGCGAGAUUUCCGCCCCCCCCCCCGAAAAGGCAGAGGCUGGGAUUUGGGGGAGGAAGGCGAGAGCAGCUGCGAGAUCUGGAGGUGCAACGCAGACGGAAAGUCAAGCAGCCAAGUCUCCCUUCCAAGCAUCAACAGAGCACAACCCCCCCCAGAUUAAAACCUGUCUGUCAAAAACCAAGGACAGGUGGGGCAGGUGCCCCCUGUGACCGGGAGGGAGGGAGACCACAGAAGCUGGAGGCAAAGAUGGGCACAGCCCCCCCCCCCCGCAGACUGCAAGCAGGAAGGUGGGUUGGGGGGCUGGCUGAGAGAACCCCCCCCUUUCGCCCCCAGGAACCAGCCUGCAAUGCCCAGGCCUGGCGAACGGGAAAGUCUUCUUUCCCUGGCACCAAAAGGACCAGCAAACUCUUUCCAACUCCUCUAUCAAUGGUAUUUAGCGCCUUCCAAAUUGAAUUUAAUAUAUAAAUUAGGACCGGAUAAAUGUUGGCGACGUGGAUUAAAUAAAGCAGAUUACAGCCAUCUUUUCUGGAAUGCUUCUCAGAUAGAAAUAUUCUGAAAAUCUGUUCAGGCUAAUAAUCUCUGAUAUGAUAUGAUAGGAUAUCAUAUAUAGCCUUGGAACCUCAAGGAUUUCUGCUUGGUUAUCUAAAAGAUGUCGUACUGGAAAAUGAUCAAGAAAUAGCGUUCAACCUUAAAACUGCUUCUAAGAUUAUAAUAGCUAAAAACGGGAGGGAAAGCACAUCUCUUUCGAUAUCGGAAUGGAGUGAGAAAAUGUGGUCGAGAGUCACUACGAUCAAGCUAACCUGUUAUAAACCAGCCUAACAGGUUAAUGGAAAAAAUGUGUUUCUUGUAAUGUUUUGGAACAACAAGUUCAAUACUAUAGCAAGAUUUCUUUAUGCUUUAUAUUUCAUUUAUUUCUUUUUGUUAAUAAAAUAAUCCUUAUUAUUAUUAUUAUUUAAAAAAGAGCACCAAGGUGACCUCAGGUCAGGUACACCAACUCAUGGGGACCGAGCUCUCUAGCCCCACAAUAUUUUGGGGAGGGACCCUGGGCCCCCCAAUGUCCAAAAAAAUCAGGUGGUGGAGGAGGUCAAGUGCAGAGGUGCCGUUCUGCCCUUUGAUGGGGGGGGCAGUAUUCCCGCACAAUUUUGGGUUCCUGUCCCUUUGCGGCCAUUCUGUAUGAAGCCCCGGCCCCACAGCAGCCAUUUUGUGACUGGCACCCACAGCCCUUUCUCCUCCUCUCAAAGGGGUCCACUGGGGGAGCGGGGGGGGGGGGGCUCUACGCAAGGCUGCCCCAUGUGGUGAAGGGCGGAACUGCGAGUGGCCAAAGGACACCUCCUCCUCGCCCCCCCUGCCCUAGAUUGAGAUGCCCCUCGGAGGCCGUGGGGCGUCUCCCCCUGACCAGAGGGGCUUCUUGGGUGGGAAGGGGAGGCGGCCCCUUUUCUGUGCACCCGGUUGUGGAAUUGCCCCCCCAAGAGGUGAGAGCGGCCCCUCCCCGGUGCCUUUGGGGCGGCAGCUGAGAUGUUCUGUUUCCCCAAAUCUUUUGCCCCUUGCUCUCUGCCUCCUUGACCCGCUUUGCAAGUGGGGUCCAUUGUGGUGAUUUCUGAGUGGUGUGGCAGGCAGCCUAGAGGUGGCGCUGGGGGCGGGGAUCUGGCAUGGGGGGGCGGGUUCAACACAGUAGAAGGAAGAGACCUCUGUGACUUCCAGCCCCCACCGUCAAGGACUGGUGUCCCAAGUCACUCUGCUGCUGUUACCCUGCAAAGGAGCAACGCGACACUCCGACCAUUAUGCCGCACUACCUUCCAAGGCGGGCUUGGCGCUCGCACAGUGUUGUUGGGCUUUCUGGAGCUCCCUCCAGUUUGCCAGCCUCAAAUCCCGCCCCCCAGCAGUGCAUUUAGGCAACAGUUGGCAGGGGCCCUUUGGCAUUUAAUGGUGCCUGGUUUUACGGCCGGUGCCAUCUGUGUCUGUUUUCCUGCGUGGUGUUUUUUAUUCCGUUUUAAACGGUUAUGAUCUUGCCGUUUUAAAACUCUUCUGGUCACCUCAAGAGGCUUUCUGACUGACAGGUGAGAUGGGGGGGCAGAUCCUUCCCUGAAGGGCUGGCCCCACCUGAGCGAUCCCUACCUGGCGGGGGUCCUGCCCACCUGCCCGCCCUGCUUACCUGGAUGGGCACUGCCAGCUGGGGAGGCCUCUGCCUUCUCCCCCCCCCCCACUUGCCUUGUCGGUCUCUGGGCCAUCAGCAGCCUUCCAGCCCCCUCCCCAACACCCCCCUCCUGCUCCUCACGUCCAGGGGUCCCACUUUGGUCAAAUUGAACAUGAUGUCAAAUUAGACCCAUUGCAGGGACACUCAGAGUGAAGCCCCCGGUUUAAUGAGGCAGCGUUGAAAAUCAAUAACUUAAUUGCAGCCGUUUGAUGGACUUUUAUCCAAUUUGCACUCUCUCUGCCCCCCCUUCUACGUGUUGUGCAUGAGGACCCUGGGCUCUGUCUGGGAUGGAGGAGAGCAGGCUGGGUGGGGAGAGACCCGCCACCCUAUGGGUCCUGCCCGCUCCCAGGGGGCCUUGCACAGAUCUGAGCCUGCAGGAAAUUAUCCCACCCAGGACAGGGGGAGGCUGUGUGCCCGCCUCGGUGGGGCUGGGGCUGUGGAAGUCGGGGCUCAGGGCUGCUGCUCACGUGGGGCUCUUUCUGUCCUCCCCCCCAAGGGACAUCGGUGAUGCAGGUGAUGGCGUCCGAUGCCGACGACCCCACCUACGGAAGCAGCGCCCGGGUGGUCUACAGCGUCCUGGAGGGUGAGCAACACUUCACGGUCGACAGCAGGACGGGUGAGUGCCAGGCAGAGGUGCUGGGGGCACUGGGGGGUGGGAGGGGGAGCUGGCUGGGCACAGGCUUUGACCCCCAACUACCACCCCCCGGCUCUCCUGGAGCAGAAGCUAUCCCUUUGAGAAUCAGGGGGGCAGCCAGGUAGCCUAGCAAAUUGGGUGCUGGGCUUGUGAAAGGGGCAAUUUAACCUGGGGGGGGGUGUAACCUCGGGUCUGUCCUGCUUCAUGGGGGGGGGGGGGCUGCAAGGAAGAUCAACCAAGAACGCCAGCCUGGCAGAGGCAUCUUUGGGGUUCUGCUGCAGCAGCUCUCCCUCGCAUAGUUAAACGGUGGAACUGCCAGCCACAGGAGGCAAUGAUGCCCCCCCCCCAAUUUAGGACUAAUUCAUGGCCAAGAGGACUGUCCAUGGCCCCCCUUAUGCUUCUGAAUCCCAGCUCCUGGAAAGCACAGAUGGAGAGAGUUGCUGCGUGAGGGUUUUCCACCCCCUCCUCCUCUGUGCCCACCUGCCUGGUAGCCAGGUGAUCUCCCUGGGAGAGAGGGAGGGGCUGGCAUUAGGAGACCGUCCGUGGGCAUCUGACCCAGCGGGGAGUCCGGAAAUGUCAGGCUGCGCCGGCUGGGCCCACCUUGGAGGAGGGGCUUGACCCUUCCCGGGUGCAGGGGGGGGGGCUGGUACUCUGAAGGGGCACAAAGGCUCCCCCCUGCCAGGCUCUCCAGCAGCGGCUUUGUUAGCGCCGGGCCUUUGAUUAAAGGCAACACUUUAAAUUAAGGAUUGCUUUAUAAAUGCUCUAUUAAUAUUUGAUGGGUGAGCGGUGGAAUCCGCUCCAUCCUUUAAUAACUUCUAAUAAAGGCCUGCUGUAAAAGGACCCGCGAUAAAUCCCCAGCAGAUGAUUCCGUGACGGCCUGUUAGGACGGGGGGUGGGGGGCCUCACUCGCUCGCUUCCCUGGGCCUGGGGGGAGGGGGAGGCUCAGAAAAGGGGCCGCUGGACCCCAUGGCAGUCGCUGUGAGGGCAGGGACCCCUCUGGGUGCUGCUGGCGGUACCCGCGGUGAGGAGCAGCCAAGAGGGCCUGGGCUGGCAGUCCCGGAACCCAGCUCAGGAUCCCCGCAGGGGCUGGCAAGGGGUCAGCCCCCUUGAAACCCAGAAACGGCCAGCCAGGCUUCCGUGGGGCUCGAGUGUCUCUCCAUCCACCCCCCUUUGCUUCUUUCCGUCCUCAAGUUGAGUGGGGAGUUUCAAUGCGCGGCGAUGCGUCAGAUUCACAGGCCUGCCCACUCCGGCUAUUCCUGGGCAAGCAGCUGUCUCUGCCCACACCCCGCAAAGCCCCCUCUUGCCAAAGCAGCUACGGCGCCCCAAGAGGUCCCCAGGGAUCCUCGGAGGAGACUGGUUCUCUGCUUGGAAACGGGAGCCACGCUUUUUCUCCAGCCUCAGAAGUCUUCUUUCCAACGUGGCAACCUCGGCCUGUUUCUGGGCAGGAGAUGUCUCCCUCUCUGCCUGCCUGCAGGUGGUGCUGUGGAGGGCGGGGGCAGGGGCUGCAGGAAUUACCUGCGUGAGAUGGAGACCUGCUCCUUCCUCCCCUCCCUCACCUGGGGGUCUCUGCCGCUCCUAACUUGGGCUGGCCCAGAGGAGGAUUCUUCUCCCUUGGCUUCCUGGGCCUGCUGACAUCCUGGCAUCCCGCGAAAGCCCUUCGGAAGUCAGGCAGCUUCUGUACCCGCUUUCCCCUCCACUGAGUGUGGCAUCAGGAGCCCUCCUCCAAGCCAGGGUGGCAGCAGCUGUUGGUGGUCCAGGAGCAGGCUGCCAACUUGCGCUGGCUUGGGUGGCAUGGGAGCUGAAAGAGCCGUUGGGGAGACGUUUGUCCUGCUGAGGGCAGAGGCCGCGGAAGCCCCCCCCCACUCCGGCCGGGUCCCGUCAUGCACCUGGCCAGCUGCUCCGCCUGGCAAUUCCUUCCUGUGCUCGGAGCAUCAGGUUUAAUUGCCCAGAUCAGCAGCUUAACUUGCAGAGCCAUCGUGAUCAUUAAUGCUGUAAAAGGAGCCAUAAAAUCUGGCACCUUCAUUUUUCGUAAUAUACGAUAAUGGAGAGCCGUUUGCUUUUCCUUUUUGACUUUGACCUGCUUUCUCCCUCGCCUUGAUCACGCCAGGAGACCCAGGCGGGGAGCAGCCCUGCCGGCUGGGCUGUCGCACGCGGGUGCAAGUGUCCUGCGCAAGGCUUGACGGGACCGUGCGUGUCUUUGCACGAGCGGAAAGGGAAAGGAGGAGCUCUGACCUUCUCUGAGGGCCUCCUGCUCAACCUUCUCCGAAAGGAAAGCCAGCAGGAUCAGGCCAAUGGGCCGCCUAGCCCAGCAUCCUGUUCUCACUGUGGCCCAAUUCUUGUAGAAAUCCAGAUAGACUUCAUCUGGACCUGGAGGUUCCAUAAGAGAAUAUGAGGAGCCUGGCUGCUGGAUCAGGACACAGGGGGACUGUCUCAUCCAGCCUUCUGUUCUCACAGCGGCCAACCAGAUGCCCCACCGGGAAACCCGCAAGCAGGAUCAGACCCCAGAGCCCUCUCUCUUCCUGGCAUUCACAAGCAUUUUGGCCUCCAACCAUGGAGUGCAGAGCAGAACCACCUUUGAUAGUUUCUUUCUCCUUCAUGAAUUUACCGUAUUUUUCGCUCUAUAAGACGCACCAGACCACAAGACUGGUUUUUGGAGGAGGAGGAAAACAAGAAAAAAAAAAUUCUGAAUCCCAGAAGCCAGAACAGCAAGAGGGAGCGCUGCGCAGUGAUCCCUCUUGCUGUUCUGGCUUCUGGGAUAGCUGCGGAGCCUGCAUUCGCUCCAUAAGACGCACACACAUUCCCCAUUUCUUUUUAGGAGGGCGUCUUAUAGAGCGAAAAAUACGGUAUCUCCUCCUCUUUCAAAGCCGUCCAAGCUGGUGGCCCUCACGGCCUCCUGUGGCAGGGAGUUCCAUAGGUUAACUCUGCUCCAUCCUUCCUUUGGUCUACCCUGAAUCCCCCAGCAUUCAGCUUUGUUGGCACUGCCAGGUCUUGGCACUUCCCCCCUCCCAGUGCUGCUUCUGGGCAGAGGGAAGACCUGUCCUGGUGCAUCUCCUCCUUUCUGCUGUGGCCGGGGGGAGGCUGAGGCGGCUGGGCUUGUCCGCUUCUGCAGGAGGUGGCAUCCGAGUCUGGCCAAGGGCACCGCCAGCGCCUUCCGCCCCAGGGGCUCUUGCCCGGAAGGGCUCCCAGGUGGGCAGAGCCUUUGAACCCGGGGCGAGUCGCCUGCCUGCCUGCCGCCUCCUUGGGAAAUUAGGAUGCAUUUACGGAUGUAAAGUGGAAAUUAAUCUUUAACGACCAGAGGGAUUUGGGAUUUGGCUUCGUUUUGUGCCGUCUCAGGCCGAGUCCCCAGGCCCCAUCUGUUAGGGGGCGGAGGGGGGAGAGGGGACCCCUUGGCCAAGAAUCUGGCUCUGGAGAGGCCGACAGGUGGGGCCGCUGCUCCUGCAGGAAUUGGCACGCAGGGCACUUGGGUUCCCCUGCCAGGGGCCACUGGGUGAGGCUUUGAGGAGCACAGAAUCCUAGAACACAGAGUUGGAUGGGACCCCCAGGAGGCAUCUAGUCCAACCCCCUGCAAUGCAGGAAUGAGCUGAGCCAGGAUGAGGCCGCUUGGACUCAGAGCUGGCUGCCUUGACUGGCCACGGGUGGCAUUCAGGCCACGGGGACUGUGGACGCUGAGCAGAACCUUCCUGGCUGGGAGCCACUGAAUUUGCCUGAUCCUCUUUCAUAGCUACCCAGGUUGGUGGCCAUCUCUGCCUCCUGUGGCAGGGAGUUCCAGAGGUUAACAAUGUGCUGCGUGAAGCAGGACUUUCUGUUUUCUGUCCCAGGUUUGGGGGCAAAUUCAGCCCCUGUGAGGCUCCUGGCAAGGCAGGUUGAAAGAAGAAGCAGCCCAGCAGUUUGCAGUUGUCCCUCCCUCCCUCCCUCUCCCCGCCCCCCCCCCGAUUUCCACAACCCUUGUGUGCAAUAGAUGGGCACGGAGCCAAAGGCGGGGAGGUGGAAUCACUCGUGCGAGGGGAGAAGUUAUUUAAAAGAGAGGCGAUCGGGUGUGGAGGGGGGGGCUGUGGAGAUAAUGAAAGCCAGCAGACGCAGCUGCGCCCCCCCCCAACUCCCUGGGUUUCCUCUGAGUCUUCUUGGCCUCGCAAUGAGCCCAGAGUGUGUCAAAGAAUUGUAGAGGGCACCCCCAGGGUCAUCUAGUCCAACCCCCUGCAAUGCGGGCAGAGAUGCCCAACGAGGGGAGAAGCUGCGUUUGAGUUCUCCCUUAGAUGGCACAAGCGGAGAGGCAGAAGGUCAGCAUAUUCUGGGAUGGAUCGGGCCCCUGGUCUCUUUCUCCUUCCAUGGGGAUGUCAUGGGAGGCGGUACCGGCUCUUCCUUGGAUUGCGUGCAUAAUUAUGGGAUGGAGUCCGACUGGUGGGAGGGUUUUCCCCGGGGCUGGAGUGGAAGCUGAUGAGCCGGUGGCAGAGCAGGGUCCCUGCCAGCAUCCCAGCGCCCCCCUCAUUCUGCCCGGUGCUGAGGCCUCGCUGGAGGGCCCUGGGCUCCCUUCCUGCUGGGAGGAUGAUGAGCUUCUGUCUCCGCUGAGCCCCCCCCCCCACGACAUCCCUCUCAUCACAGCGCGGCUGACAAGAAUCAUUUUCAUUAUAAAACGCUUCAGACCCUUUAAUUAACAGAGCCGUUUCCAUUCCAAUGAGACGCCGCCUGGCUCUGGAGCUGCAGCAACUUGCAGGAGCCAGACGCCAGCCCCUUCUGAACAGGAGAGGACCAGGAGAGGUGCAGGGUCAGGCCAGCGACCCAUCGUGUCCGCAGGAUCCAAGGGCAAGAUGCCCUCCCCUCCGGUGGUCUUUGGCAACUGACUUCUGCCUCCGCCAGUGGAGGAAAAGCAAAGCCAUUUCAUUUAUCAUCAUCAUAUUAGAAUUUGAAUUAGAAUUUCUAUACCGCCCAUCAUCCAAAGAUCACAGGGAGGUUUACAAUAUAAAAACACAAAAAUACAUACCAUAGUAACAAACAGAAAUAAUGCCCCACGCCUCCCUGGUUGUAAAGGCCAUAGAUUGUUGAAUAAGCCAAAGGCCUGGGAGGUGAGGAAUGUUUCUGCCUGGUGCCUAAAGCGAUGGAGAGAAAGUGUCAGGCCAGCCUCCUCAUUAUUAUUAUUAUUAACUUUUAUUUAUACCCCGCCCUCCCCAGCCAAGACCGGGCUCAGGGCGGCUAACACCAGAUAUAAAAACAAUUGAUUAAAAUACAACUUAAGAACAAGAUUAAAAUACAACAUUCAGAUGCAGCCUCAUUUCAGUAGGAACUCAAAUCAAAAUCUUUUUGGGGAUGAAAAUGUCAAAUCUUCACCAAGGCCAACUAUCCAGACUGGUGCUACGAGGGCCAGAAAAAAGCCAGGGAAGUCCCCAAAUAGGAGUUCCAUCACAGAAGGAGAAAGGAUAAUGGAGAGAGGGGAAGGGGAUCAAGUUGAUUCCAAGCCAAAGGCCAGGCGGAACAGCUCUGUCUUACAGGCCCUGCGGGAAGAAAUCAGAUCCCGCAGGGCCCUGGUCUCAUGAGGCAGAGCGUUCCACCAGGCUGGGGCCAGUGUUGAAAAGGCCCUGGCUCUGGUUGAGGCUAAUCUGACUUCCUUAGGGCCCGGGACCUCUAGGGUGUUGCUAUUUAUGGACCUUAAGGUCCUCCGUGGGGCAUACCUGGAGAGGCGGUCCCGUAGGUACAAGGGUCCUAGGCUGUGGGAGACACCACAAAAGUUCUCAUGUUGCCACUUUCCAGACCUCUCAUGGAGGAGACACACGAAGAAGGGCCUCAGAUGAUGAUCUCAGGGUCCAUGUUGGCUCAUUUCCUGAGCCCUUUGAGGCUUUGUAGGUCAAGAGCAGCACUUGAAUGAAUUGGGCCCAGAAACUAACUGGUAGCCAGUGCAGUAAGACCAGGACCGGGGUCAUACGCUCAAACCGUCUUGCUCCGGUGAGCAACCUGGCCACUGAAUUCUGCACCAGCUGAAGUUUCUGAACGGUCUUCAGGGGCAGCUCUAUGCAGAACACGUUGCAGUAAUCCAUCCUCGAGGCUACCAGAGCAGAGACAGCAGAAGUUAAAACUAUCCCUGUAGGGGUUCAGCUGGGACACCAGGCGAAGCUGACGGAAGGUCCUCUGUGCCACUGAGCCUCAAGCGACAGUAGUGGAUCCAGAAGGACCUGCUCCUUCAGAGGACGGGGACCCCCAUCAAGAGCAGGUGCCCUCCCACCCAUCUGGUCCAGGGAAUCCCCCACUAACGGGACCUCCGUCUUAUCUGGGUUGAGCUUCAGUUUGUUGGCUCUCAUCCUGUCCAUGACCGAGGCAAGACACUGGUCCAGAACUCCCACUGCCUCACCUGCAGAUGCCAGGGAGAAAGAGAGCUGAGUGUCAUCAGCAUACUGCUAACAGCAGACUCCAAAACUCUGGAUGACCCCACUCAGAGGUUUCACGUACCGUCUUUUUCGCUCCAUAAGGCGCACCGGACCAUAAGGCGCACCUAGUUUUUAGAGGGGGAAAUCAAGAAUUUUUUUUUUUCAGGGAGGGUUUCAAGCAGGCAGGGAGCGCCCCUUCUCCCAGGAAGGAAUUCCUUGCCCUCAUGGCCCAGCCAGUUGUCCCCUCUCGGCUGGUUUUAUCGGGGUCUAGAGAGCAAGGGUCUCCCUGAGCAGUCCAAGCCCCCUUUCCGCAUCCUUGAGCCUUACCGUAGACUCUACUCUGGACCUUCCUUGAGAUGCAUCUGCUGUAACAGCGGAGCCAGGAUCCUGGCGGGUGCAAGUGGCUUUCUCCUCUAGAUGCUUUGCAAACAAGUCACGUUGAACUGCCUCCUUUGGCCAGACUGUCAAGCACCCUGCAUGCAUGAUCCGGGAAAGCUCUGCUGGACGGCACAAUCAGGAUGCAGUGGAGGCAGCAAAGUGCACCAUCCCGGUUGGCAGCCAUCCCUGCCUCCUGAGGCAGGGAGUUCCAUGGUUUAAUUCUGCCUUGCGCGAAGAAGGACUUGCUUGAAGAUGUUCAGGAUCUUCCAACUUUCCGCUUCUUUGGAUGUCCUGCCUCCCAAGGGCUCUGCCACCCGGAUGCCAGCUCUGACCAGGAGGAUCCUUGGCCUGGCCCUCUUCCCAGCUCUCUCUCGCUCCCCCUGUCCCUCCCCCCUUGUUCCCCAGCAGGGCGGGACCAGAUCUCCAGGGAGGCAGCAAGUGCAGGAGGCCCUGCCUGCUGGUUUGGGAGGUGCCAUCUGGUAGCCCUUUGCUGCAGGAGUGCUCUUCCCAUGCUCAGAGGCACACAGAUGAAGAAGGCGGCCUGGGACUCCCUGCAUGUGGGAAGGCUUAGAGAGGAAUGCAAGGAGCUGCUUCACACGGAGCCAAAGCCUUGGUCUGUCUAACUCAGUGUUGUCUGCACUGAUUGGCAGCAGCGGCUGCCAGAAAUUGAACCUGAGACCUUCUGCAUGCAAGGGAGCUGCUCUGGCCGGCCCCUCUCUCUGGAAAGGGGGCGCUGAGCCCCCUCUGCUUCUCUUUGCAAGCUCAGCCCCAGCAGGAUGGGCAGCGAGGGGGAGAGAGAGCUUUUUGCUGGACUUUGCAACGUUUUGCAUCGAGCAAGCAGCGUGCCCCCCCCCUUCUCUCCCUCUUUCUGGUGGCAGGGAGGGCAGCCAGAGCUUUUGGGGUGAGGCGGAGGUAAUUGCAGGGCACGGCGGCUGACAGCUGUCAGCCAGGGAGAGAGGCCAGGAGCGGCUUUGGGUCCAGCCAGCAGUGAUGCCUCCUGACAAUCAGCCCAUCAGCGGCGGGAUAAUGAGCAGAGCCUUCGGGGCUGCCAAGCGUCUCCUGGGAAGAGCUGAGAGGCAGCAGCGGGUCGGGGGGGGGGCGCGCAGGCCUAGCCUCUCCAGCACUCCGGCCCCCACUUGGCUGCGCCCCCAAACCAGCCCCGGGGAAGCACUGAGCAACCAGCAGGCUCCCUGCCCCAAAUGCAAGGGCUCUGGAGAGACGCUGCCAGGAAGGACGUUUCCCUGACAGCAGAGUGACCUCGUGGGACCCACCGCCUUGGUUGGGGGGCUGGAUCUGCAGCUCUGCCCCAUGCUAGAAUCAUGGGAGGCUAAGACCCAUGGGAGGGUCACAAGGCUCAUUGAAUCCAAUCCCCUGCCAUGCUGGCAAAAUCACAUCUCCCCACUCCGAGACCGUCUACCUCCGACCCCCCCAGGACCCACAGCCUGGCUCCCCCCAUGGCAGUCGGGAAACAGGUGGCUCUUGAAACUGGGGGAGGCUGCUGGGGGCCAGCGGAGUCCUCUUUGGUGCCAUGUUACCAGGAGACCCUUUUUCUUCCUGCCCUUUGGCCCUGGGUCACUGAGAAUCACAGAAUUGUAGAUUUGGAAGGCACCCCAGAGUCAUCUAGUCCACCCCCGCAAGUGUAGGAGGUGUGGGCAAUUGCACGAAGAGAAGUAAAAGGGGUGGGCGGGCGCAGGAGUCAGGACCUGGGCUGCCAAAUGGUUGGCGGGGGAGCCUGGUGCCUGGUGGGCGGUGGGGAUGCCAUCCUGGUCUGGCUGCCUUUGAGCAGCUGAGCAAAAACUGGCCCCCGCUGGCCCCUCCCCAACAGCUGCCUUUCCUGCAGCUGGCCGGUUGCCAGCCUGGCUCCCCUGGGUGCUCAGCCAGCUCCUUGCCAUGGGUGGUGGUGGGGGGGAAGGUGGCAUCUCUGCCCCUCCCUGCCCGUUCCCUGCUUUCCCCCAAACUCUCCCGGCUCAUGCCGGGCAGCGGGCAGCUAUUUAUAGCGGCUUCAGCAGAGUUCAUCAGAAAGAUCUUUAUUUUGAUCUGACGAGUUAACAAGCAGCUGGUGCUUCUCUGAGCUGGUGAGACAAACAGGCAGCAAAGAUCCUUGGAUCUCGCCCAGCGCCAGGCACAGCCUCAUCCUGCCCCCCUGCAGCAGCUGUGGCCAAGAGAUGCGGGGGGGGGGGAGGGAUUCCCCCUGCAGCUGUCCCCCCCCCUCGCCCGCACUGCUGCUUCCCAAUUAAGGGGACUUCCAGACGGGAGCUUAAUGUGGCAAGCGAGUCUUUGAGAUCCCGCAAAUGCUUCACUGGCAACAUGUGACACGUGUGUUUUCCAACUUGUUGGAUUUCCCCAUGGAAAGGGAAGAUUGGCAUCAAAAGAUGGCAAAACACAGACUGUCCUUUUGAUGCUAGCGAUGCUGUCAUGUGGGGUGUACGUGAAAAAGGCCUGAGGGGGCCAGGAUUAGGGCCUGCCUGGGGGCACCCUGGGGGCCUGCCCAGGGGGGCCCUCCAAGGCGGCGGCUGCCCCAUAGGGGACAUUCCCUGCCCCCAAAGAUCUCCCGGGUGGAUAUCCUGCCCCCUUAUGCCCCACGAUCCUUGGGCGCCAUCUCUUCUUUGCUGUGGGGCAGCCAGCUGGUUGGGGGCUCUUUCUUUAGCCGUGGGUCCAGGCCUCCUGCCUUUCUCAAUAUGCUUCCAAAUACCAGUUGUUGGAGACUGGGAGGGGGGGGAGCGUUGGGCUUGUUCCCACAUCCACCUUGGGAUUCGCCCCCUGCCAAGGGAGUGCUUUGUGGAUCUCCUCCUUGGCACAGUUUGCGGGGGUGGGGCUGAGGGAAGGCAGGGGUGUUGGGGCUGGGCGUGGCCCCUUGAGGCUCCUGGGGGCCCACCUGGCCCCCCACUGACAUGUUGGGGCUUCCUGCAGGUGUGAUCCGGACGGCGGUGGCCAACCUGGACCGGGAGACGCAAGACCGCUAUGAGGUGGUGGUCCGGGCAACGGACAUGGCCGGGCAGCUGGGAGGCCUCUCUGGGUCCACCACCGUCACCAUCGUCAUCACAGACGUCAACGACAACCCCCCACGCUUCCCCCAGAGUGAGCUUGGGCUGCGGGGUGGACGGGGGGAGGGUGGCAGCAGCUGGCAGCUCCUUUGUGGGGGGCAGCUGUCCAGUCAGAGCUGGGUGCCCCACUUGGGCUGCCUUGGCAGUGGGUUGCUGGACCAGGCAGCGGGAUGGGCCCUGCCAGCUGAGCACUGAGGCCACGUUGCCUGUGCCAUGCACACUCUCCCGGUGCCAGGCUGAGGUGCCCCUGCUUUUAGGGUGCAGGCUCCAUGCAAGCUGUGAAGGGUGUGUGUGCCCCCAAAAACUCUGGUGUGGGGUAGGCAGAUUUACACAGGACUCCCCCCCCCCAUGAGAGAUUCCCUUUCCCGAAAUUUCAGAACCACUGACUUGAUGACAAAUGCAAAUCCAGGAUUAGGCGAGCUGGGCCGUUUGGCAGUUUUAGCUUUAUAAAUUAUGAAUAAAAUGCAAUGGGAUCUCUUUGCAGGGCAUUAGAACAUUAUCCCUCCCCAAUUUUUUUUUUUUACAGAAAACUUCCAAGUUCUUUUUUUUCUAGAAAAUCCACAUCACUGCUUUUUAUUAUUGUUUCCCCCCCCCUUAAAUGGAAGUUUAUUAAGGUAAAGAAAAAAACAAAGAGAGAAUAUAUGGGGUGAGGGAAUGAAACACACGUUAUCAACUCUGAGCACAUUGGCAAUGCAAGAAGCAUCAAUGCAUCCACCCAAGAUGGACAUACAACAUCCAAAUGUCUAAAAUGAUGUCCAGGUGAAAGUGGAGUUUACAAAAAAACAACAACAAAAAACGGGUGCAGAUGUAGUCAGGACAUUCAGGUCCUCAGACCACUGCCCGGCAGACAGCGAGUAUUAAUCCUUCCAGUUGCUUUGUGACCCAAAGGGCUCCUAAAGUCCACUUUUCUCAUCCUGCUGUUAAUCCCCAGGUCAUGGGGAUAGGAUUUGAAAAUGCACAAACAUCCUCAAAUAUCCAGGAUUGCUCCAAUACAAAAAUGAUGCAGACCCAAAGGGGGGAAGUGCCACUGGACCUGCCAACAUUACGACAGGGCCAGAGUCCAUCCGAAUUAGACCGUCCCUAGAGAGACGUUGUGCAAUAGACCUGGGAGAUCAAUUUUUGCAGAAUCCCUCUCAGUUUUAAAGCUACGGAAAUGUUCCACGUUGAUCGGAGGGGUUGUCCCAUCCAGAGAUCCGUGGUUGAGGUUGUGCCACCCACUCAAACUCCUUGUUCCAUCCAUGCUUUGAAGAUGGGUUCCUUUUGGGGGGAUGUGAGAGUGCCGGGGCUCGGAGGCAGCGAUGGGGUGGCUCUUAAGCAGGAACCUUCCUCCUCCCGCCCCAGAGAUGUACCAGUUCAGUGUGGUGGAGACGGCCCCCGUGGGGACUCUGAUCGGGAGGGUGAAGGCCGAGGACUCCGACGUGGGCGAGAACACCGACAUGACCUACCAGGUCAAGGACGAGGAGGGGCUGGGGGCUUUCCGGGUGACCACCGACAGCAACACACAGGAAGCCCUCAUCUCUGUGCAGAAGGUGAGCCGGGGGGGGGCUCCCCUUCUCCCCUUUGUGGGUGUUGGGGGAAGCUGGGGAGGGUCUGUGGCCACAGCAGGGCCUCGGGGGAGCUGCCGCAGCAUUCACAAUUCUAUACAAUUCAGAUCCAUGCCGUUCUAUGGAUUCCCUGCCAUCCUCUGCUGCCCCCAUCAGCAAAGCCCUGCCCAGCCUUGGGGGCUCUUUCCUCCUGCCCCUCCCUUCUCCCCCCUUUCUCCCCCCCCUCCAGUUCUGCUUGGCUGGCAGGCCUCCCUCCGCCUGGGAAACGGGGAUCUCGGGACUCGGAGCAUGCCAGCCUGCCUGCGGGAUUCUGCCUGCCUCCGUCUUCUGAGUGUCUCGCGUUGCGUCAGACUGGGGCCCCCUUCUCCCCCAGGCAGGCAGGAGACUGAGAGCUGCCUGCUGCAGAGCCAGCCCAUAGGCCCUUCUCUGGCUUGUCUGCCCUGACAGGCAGCCGCUCUCUGGGGUUGCCCUUCCCAGCCUUGCCAGGCGACGCUGCCAGGCGGGUGCACCUGGGUCCCUCUGCUUGCAAGGCAGCUGCUCCCCACAGAGCUCUGCCCCCUAAAACAUAGAGCUGCUUAUCGGGGCCUCUUUGCAGAACUGGCCCCAGAGGACCCGGCUGGGCACUGCCCCCCUUGAAGGGGUCAGCUCCUUCCUCCAGCCUUUUGCAAGAGGGAGAUGCCCCUGGCUCUCACCUGGCUCUCAACCUCGGGUGGCCAAGGGGUGGGGCAGGGCUUGGGGGGAGCCUGGAUGGUGUCAGCCCACUGCUCACCCCACAAAAACCCCUCUUUCCUCUGCAGCCUCUGGACUUUGAGGCCCAGAGUGUGCAGACAGUGGUGGUCGAGGCCCUGAACAAGUUUGCGGACCCCCGCUUUGUGGACCUGGGCACCUUCCGGGACCAGACCAUCGUGCGCGUCUCCGUGUUGGAUGUGGACGAGCCCCCUGAGUUCCAGCCCCCCGACGGCCUGAUGGAGGUGCAGGAGGACGCGGCGGUGGGCUCCUUUGUGGGCAUGGUCACCGCCCUGGACCCCGACGUGGCAAACAGACCCGUCCGGUAAGGAGGGCUUCCUCUCCUCCGUCCAGGAAAUGGGCGCGUGGUGCCGGGAGAGGGAGGAAGUAGGGCAGGAAGGGGGGCGGUUGCAAAGGCAAGUGGGGUGCAUGGGCAGCUGAGGUGGGAGACCCCAAGGGCACAAGAAGGGGGAAGGGGCAAGAAGGUUCUGGGCACCUAAGCCUGGGAGGAGGCAGAGAAGGAGGGAUCCGGAAUCUGCAAGGCGGCCGUGGGCUUCAUGUCGCACAAAACUCGGCUUUUGAGGAGAGGUUUUUGCAAAGGCCUUUGGCAAGAAAUAAGUUUUGAGGUUUGUGAGAUGAACCAAAAGGCGAGGUCUUUGCCCAACUUAGGGGGGUGGGAGUGGAAGGGCUUCUGUGUAGUUUGUGGAUCUUUUCCUUUUUGCACAUAUCACACACAUGCGCAUCUUGAACCACUUCCUUGCCUUUUCAUGCACAUUCCUGAAAAUCUCCUGGUUGUGCAAUCGGUGCUUGAUUAUAUAUCCCAGUUGCUGAGUUUCUGCUUUGAGUGGCACCUCUGUUUGUGUCUCAGGAGAGGCAAAGGGGUCUGGGGAUGGGGCAGAGGGGUCCAGCAGAAGUGGGCCAUGCAAAGUCAGCUGGCUGUCACUCAGAAUGGGUGGGCUCUGGGUGCCAGAGGAAUGCCAGAAGCAUGAAGGGAGACGAGGUGCAGGGGUUCUGGGGGGCGGGCAGGCCCAGCUGCUCUGCUCCGGUUCUGGGGCUCAACCAGGAUUGGCCCAGCGGAGCCCGGGGGCCUCUGAUGCACCACAGGUGGGCAAAGAGGGCAGAUCAGCAGGGCCUGUGCCGGGUGCGCCCCCUCCCCAUCAACUCUAAGUGACGGGGGCCGCUGGAGAGAAGCCUUUCCUCUCUUCUCUGGGAAGAUGGUGGACUCCCCUUCCUCGGAGGUUCUUAAGCCGAGGUCGGAUGGCCGCCUGCCAGGGAUGCUUCAGCUGUGAUUCGCUGGGAGGAAAGACAGGCCUCCGCUCUUUCUCUGCCCAGCACAGCGCCCUCCCGGCUUCCUCCCCGCCUGCGCCCGCUGGAGCCCCUCUGCUGCUUCCCCCCGGCUGCGAUGCAGAGCUGCAGGCUGGCACUCUGUAGAGACGCUGUUGCUCCUUGCCACUCGCUGGCGCCGCAGACAUGUGUUGGGCACAGGCGGUUUGCAGACUCCCGCGACGCCCGAGAGCGUCAACCUGCUCCGGCACAAAGGCGGCAGGCAGGGAAAACAAACACCACAAAGAGCUUUUCACACCGCGCUUGAAAAGCUUCCCAGAGCCCAGCAGCAGCCGCAGCAGCAAUGCACAUGCCAGGAUGCCAGGAUGAGCCCCUCGCUCGGCUGCCGCCGCUGCCUUUGGGGGUGGCAAGGAAGGGCUGAGACAGGCGAGUGCCAAGGAAACCGCCAAAGCGCAGGAGAGGGAGGAGGAGAAGCCGCUCUCUGCUCUGCCCAGCCAAACAACAGGCGAUGCCGUUGGGAGGAGGAGGAGGAGGAGAGGGAAGCUGGCAACACCAGCAGCAUCCCAAGCAGGGGCUUCUUGCUCUGGCUGCCUCAAAGCCCCCCCCCCCAGGAACCAGCUAGGCAUGGGGUGGGGGGCAGAUCUGCUGCCUUUGGUGAUGGGGGCACACAUUGGUUUAGCUGGUGCAGGGAAGGGAUGGGCAGGGCAGGGAAGGCCUUGUUGGAGGGCGCUGCUGGGGGGGCAACUGGGACACAUGAGGGCUGAGAGAGCUCCCCCUUGCCAGGGGGCUGGGCUCUGGCGGGGGCAGAGAAGGGCAUCCUUUUCUUUUUGUGUAUCACUGAUGCUGCUUUCAUGCAGCAUGCAAAACGUAAUAAGGCCGUCGGGAAAGCUUCCGUCAAAACACCCCGGAGCAUCUGUAGCUAUUCUGGACCUGCAGGUGACAUGUCUGCCUCUGCUGAGCUCUGCCUUGCCGGGGGUUGGACUAGAUGACCCCUGGGGGUCUCUCCCAGCUCAACAAUUCUGUGAGUCUGUGAAUCCUCAAUUUGGGAGGGUUGGCAAGACUGAGAAAGAAGUGAGGGGGCUUCUUUCUACGUGGUUUGGCAGCAGUGAGGGAAAUGCACUCUGCACAUGCUCAGCCCCGGCAUGAAGUGGGAACUGGGGUUCUGCGGCUCUGUGGGAGGCCUUCAGGCUGAACCGUGACUGGAAGCAGCUCCUGGGGCCGACCCCUGGGGGCCUUGGCUUGGGCCAGGGUCUGCUCCUGUGCCCUCUUCCCUCCGAGGCAGGAUCAAGCCCUGCGCUGGGGGCAGAGCGGCUGAGGCCAAGGUCCCCUCCGGACAGGCCCACCCUUUCCUCGCCACCUUCGGCCGGCAGCAGCGUCUGAGACCCCCCGGGCAGCAGCCCCCGUGCAAACACGCCAUUGCAGGCAGCAGCAGCAAAGCAAUUUGGCUUGUUUCAUAGCCGGAUAAAAGACGAUAAAUCCCCCAGAGACAAACCAGACCUGAUUGAAAAUAAUCUUGCCAGCCAGGCAAUUAGGAGGGCGAGCGGAGAGGCGAGGGGGCCGUGACCUGCCGCCUCUGGCCUGGCACCGCUGGCGCAGCAUCUCCCAGCAGCCGUGCCGGAUGCCGCCUGGCGUUUGCUCCCCCGCCACCCUGGAGGUGGGGCUGCCCUCCUCGGCUGCUUGUGGGGGGCAGAGGGAGGGGGCAGCCGUGGGGGCAAAAGGAGGGCCAAGGGGAGGGAGACAAGGCAGCGGGAGAAGCCAGAAACUCCUAGUAGAGCUUGGCUUGCGGGUGGCAGAGGGCAGCUGGGCAGAGGGCACCCUCGGGGGCUGCUGCCGGGAGGUCAGGCCUGGCACAUCCAGGAGGGUGGCUGUGCCAUCACCUCCAUCGCAGAAUCCAGGGGGCGACUCCAGUAAGCAGCAGGUGCUGGGCACACAUGGGGCAUGCGCAGGGCAGCAGCUUCCCCUUUUGCCCCCGUCGGGGAUCUAUCCUGGCCGGGGCAGAAGGCACAGCCCAGGAACAGAGAGGAAGCGUCUGGCUGAAGGUGCGUCCCAGGAGGCCCUCGGCUUCCGUUGGUGGGAAUCAUAGUUGGAAGGGACCCCAAGGGUCGCCCAGUCCAGCUCCCUGCAUUGCAGGGGAAGCCCCUCCAGCGCUAUGGGGCUCUCGCAAGGCUCUUCUUUCCCGGGGAGGGGGGCACUUGUGGGUCUUUCCUCUCUCCCAGGGGGACGUAACACUCUGCAGUUGUCCCUUCCCUCCCCGCCUGGCCUUUCUCUCUGUCAAGGUCGUUUGGAACCUGUAUCCUCCUGUCCUCUGCAAUAUUUACAGUUCCUCCCGGCUUGUGUCAUCCUCUGCGGAUUUGACGAGGGCCCCUCGCUCGGCGCUCCUCCAUCCGAGUCAUUAACUUUAUUGCAGAGGAAAAAGGAGGCAGCACAGUGGCGCAGGCAGAUGCCCGGCCGGCCUGGCGGGGGACCGGAGGGGCUGUGCAGGGUGCGGCUGGGGCUGCUUCAGGAACCCCUGGCCGGUGGGGGUGCGGCUUUUUCUGGGAACGCAUCCACAGCAUGGAUCCGGACGGAGGUGCAGAAGCCUCCAAGGCCUGGCAGUCUGGCUUCCUUGGUGUCAAGGGAAGUAAUAGUGCCACUGUAUUCUGCUCUGGUCAGACCUCACCUGGAGUACUGUGUCCAGUUCUGGGCACCACAGUUCAAGAAGGACACUGACAAACUGGAACGUGUCCAGAGCAGGGCAACCAAAAUGGUCAAAGGCCUGGAAACGAUGCCUUAUGAGGAACGGCUAAGGGAGCUGGGCAUGUUUAGCCUGGAGAAGAGGAGGUUAAGGGGUGAUAUGAUAGCCAUGUUCAAAUAUAUAAAAGGAUGUCACAUAGAGGAGGGAGAAAGGUUGUUUUCUGCUGCUCCAGAGAAGCGGACACGGAGCAAUGGAUCCAAACUACAAGAAAGAAGAUUCCACCUAAACAUUAGGAAGAACUUCCUGACAGUAAGAGCUGUUUGACAGUGGAAUUUGCUGCCAAGGAGUGUGGUGGAGUCUCCUUCUUUGGAGGUCUUUAAGCAGAGGCUUGACAACCAUAUGUCAGGAGUGCUCUGAUGGUGUUUCCUGCUUGGCAGGGGGUUGGACUCGAUGGCCCUUGUGGUCUCUUCCAACUCUAUGAUUCUAUGAUUCUAUCUUCCUUCUGCUCUUCGCUGGGCCAGUCGCCUCACAUCCCUGGCACAGAAGCCAGACCAGGAUGCCCGUGACCCCUCUAGUCCAGCAUCCUGUUGUCCCAGUGGCCAAACAGAUGCCCAUUGUAGGAACUCUGCAAACAGCUCCUGAGCCCCAGAGCAACUCUCCUCUCCUGCGGAUUCCAGCGACUGGCAUUCAGAAACCUGGCUGCCUCCGACUGUGGAGGCAGAGCGGUGCCAUCCUGACUAGGAGCCGUCCAGAGUGCGCCCCCCCCAAAAGCUUCCUGCCUGUUGGGGGGGUGUGUGAAACAACAACAACAACAAACCUGUGGUUACGUGAAACAUACUCAAUAAACACACAGGAUUUCAAUGGAAGUCUCAUAAAGUUCAACGAACAAAGCAGGAGACCCCGUGGAUCAGUUCAUUCUCUAGUCAGUUCAUGCACCACUGCUAUGCUAUAAGAUCCACUAUCCUGUAACAUUACAUAUGAGCCUGGACUACUGAUGAAGCCUAGGAUGGCGAAACAAGGCUGAUAUUCCGGAAAUCCUUGUCUUAGACUCUGUGACAGGAUUCUGUGGAACUGUAACAACCCUUUGUGUGGAUUAUUGGACUCUAUGAACAGACAGGUGGAAUAGAUACUUAUACAUGGGUGGACCUUAUGCAUGAACGGACUAGAGAAUGAACUGAUCCACUGGGUCUUCUGCUUUUUCCGUUGAACUUUAUGAGACUUCCGUUGAAAUCUACAAUUUGAUACAAUGAAUAUUAUACCUUAUUUAUUCAAAAGUACAGCCGGUUGCGUCUUGUGUUGGUGGGGUGAGUCAGCGCCCGGGGGGGCCUAGCCCCCCCUGCCUUUACAGGGGCUGGAGUCCAAUGUCAGAUGUGUGCAGUUCCUUCUUGAUUCCACAUGCCAGGAGAGUUUGUGUGGAAUGUGCCACUUGGAGUACCCUCUGAGCCGCCUCUAUGGCUCUCUGAUCUGAGGAGGGUGAUCUUCCUUCUCCGGGUUCUUGCUCUGACAUGGUGUCUUCUCCGUGAACGAAUGAAUGUUGGCAAGUUGUGGCGCCCGUCUGAAAGUGGCAGUGAAUGAGAGCUGGUGUGGGAUGGGCAUGCCGGUCUGUUGGCUGGGCAGGUUCUGUGCAUUAAACACCUUUUGCAGCAUCUAUUGACAAGUUUCCUUUAAUGGCUAAAUUAAAAGGAGCAGGUUUCUAGUCCUCCUUGCGGCUGAAAUCACAGAGGAGGAGGAGUUGACCAGUGGCGGAAGAAGCCUGUCUGGCAGCCGGGGCAGGGCGCUGAGGGGUGGGCCGAACCACCCACAGGGGCAGCGCAGCACCCAUACGGACGAUGCUCAAGUGGCACCCAUAGGGAUGGCACAUGCACGGUGCCCAUACCGACGGGGCAAGCAUGCCCUCGGCCACCCCAUAGCUGGGGGGUAGGCAGCGAGUGGACAGUGCAGACCCUUUGGGUGCUGAGACGCAUGGCAUGGGUGCGCUGCGGGGCCCACGGUGAGUGCCGCCUGCCAUUUCAUCACCCCUCCUCAGGAUGACACCGGGGCGGGCUUCACCCCCCGCACCCCCUUCCUACCCCCCUGGGGUUGACAUCAGGGUCCCAAGAGCUCCGUUGCCGCAUGUGCCAGCCUUCCACCCCUCCCUUGCAUCCUCCUCACAGCUCCCUUUCCCACCUGGUGCCCAGGUACGCCAUCGACCGCAGCACCGACCUGGAGCAGAUCUUUGACAUCGACCCGCUGACCGGCGCCAUUGUGACCAGCAAGGUGCUGGACCGGGAGACAGCCGGCUGGCACAACAUCACCAUCUUGGCCAUGGAAGCAGGUGAGUCCCGGGGGGGCGGGGAGGCGGGCAGGAUGGAGUCAGCCCAGAGGGGGCCAAGAAGAAGGAGAAGAGCCCUGAGGUGGAGGAGGCCAAAGGGGCUUGUCUGGACCUGAAGCAGCCCUCCCAGGUGCCAGUGGGAAGCAGGAAGGGGCAAGCCAGCAGGAAUAUUAAUCUGAGCUGGGAUGGGCAGGUGGGCAGUGCUUCUGCCUCCGCUGCCACGCCUGACGUGGGGCCUCCUGGGGAGCUACAUUCCCCCCCACCUCCCUGCCUGUCUCUGGGGCUGGCGCCUCAGGCCCCCUUUUGAUGCCCCCGGAGGAAGGCAAAGCCAAAACCUCACGGCUGCGGCAGCAAAGGGGGAGGGGGCAGGAUUGGGAGGGAGGGAGGGGGCAAAGGAGAAGCAACACCCCCUGCCCCAAGCCCUUUUGGGGGCUUCCAGGGGGAUUAUUAGCGUCCCACCUUUCGCUUUUGAAGGAGAUCAAGCACCUUUCUGAUGGUGAGAGAUGUUGGCAGCGAGACGGACUCCGGGAAGGUGGCGGGUUCUCCUCCAUUGGAGGUUUCUAAGCAGGGUUCAGGUGGCCCCCUGUGAUUCCUGCAAUGCCGGGGGUUGGACUAGAUGACCCUGAGGGGCCCUUCCAACUUCUUCUUUUUUUUUAAAAAAAAGAUAUUUAUUAGAGUUUCCAACUUCUAAAGCCAUCCAACUUGAUGGCCAUCGCAGCCUCCUUCGUUUCAUGAUGUGCUGCGUGAAGAAGUUCAGCUAAAAGAGGGCAAAGGCUGCUUUCCUCGCUGCCGCAGUUGCAAGAUCUUGUCCAUGAGACCCUGCACAGUGCACCGGUGGAAGGGCAGGCGCCCCUCUUUCUGCAGCCCCUGGAGUUACCCUGGGCGGAGGGCUCCCCUGGGCUCUGCUUGUGGGGUGCCCACUCUGGGCUCCCCUCCCCUCCCCACACUCCCCUCCCUCCCUCUCCCACCCACUUCACACAUAGCCUCUCCCCCCCCCCCCAAUUUCUCUGCAAAGCAGCCUGGUCCUUGGCAGGCAGGCAGGCGUGAAAGAUGGUAUUUUUGGGAGCCCUGCAGGAGGCGGCUGUAGCUGGGGAGGAGGCCGAGGUUCAGCACCAAGCAGAUGGUGGGGGAGAGUCUCGGCUCCAGCCCCCCCCAACCCACCCCCACCAGCGGGCGCCGCUUUUGGCGGGGGUCCUGUGAGGACCUCGGCUCUUGCGCUCCUGCCUGCUACCCCCUCCUCCCUGGUCCUCCUCGGCUGUCUAUAUAUUUUUGGGGAGGGGGGCUGCUCUGUUCCAUCUCUGCCGCUCUCCCCAAAGAGGAAGCCCAACAGCUUGAAUGCUGCUUCCCCAAACUUCAAACAAGGCCGGCAGGAAACAAAGGCAGGCUCCCAGCAGCCGCCGCCUUUGAUGCCUCCGUCGGCUGGGUCUCGGGGGUCUGGGCAAGCGGAUUUCGGGAAGGGCCCUGAGACAGAUUCCUUUCCUCCUCCUCCUCCUCGCCCCCUUCCCACUCCUGGCAGAGCGGCUGGCUGGCUCUGCUCUGCCAAAGGAAAUCUCUUGGGGUGGGAGGGAGGGGAGAGGAAGGAGUUAGCCGAAUAAAUAGGAAUAAAUAUGCGUGGCAAGUGCAGGUAGGAAGCAGCACCUGUCUGGAGGGGGAGAGGGAAUGCUAAUGAGGAGGAGGAUGGCAGAGAGGGGCUGCAGAAGAAGAUGCAAGAGCGUUUCCUGCAUUGUAGGGGUGGGACUAGAUGGCCCUUGGGGGGCCCUUCCACCUCAACAGUGCUGGGAGUCGAGUGUCCAAGGGAGCUGCCGCUUCUGGGAAGGCCCUCUGGAGAGGCUGGGCGUGAGGCGUUCCAAACUGCCCUGGGAUCUUUGGAUAAAGGACUGCGUAUAAACUGAGUUAUUCUUCGGAAUAAGAAUGCAUCAUUUGCAGCUGGAUGACUUGAGAAGACUAUCCGACAGAGGCACAGAGGAGACCUCUCAGGGCUUCUUGGAGUCCCCAGGGGGCAGGGGCUGCUCUUGCAAUGGGGUCCUGGGCCUGCUGCUGCCAGCCCCCCUCCCUCGCCAUUCCUGCCCCCUUUCCGGAGAGCAGCGGCUGCUGUGGCUCAAGGCCUCUUCCUUCCCAGCCCUGCCCGUCUCCUCUGCCUCAGUAAAGAUCUCUCCCUUCAUCGGAAAUGUCCGUCCUUGCGGUCUGGGCCAGAGUUAGGCCCUUGCAUGUUUGGAGGUCUUGCAAUUACAGUGGUACCUCUGGAUGCGAACGGAAUCCGUUCCUGAGCCCCGUUCACAUCCUGCAGUGAAGACAACCCGCGCCCGCGUGUCUGCACAUGCGCGAGUCGUGAUUUGCCGCUUCCGCACAUGCGUGUGACGUCAUUUUGAGCGCCUGCGCAUGCGUGAGCCGCGAAACCCGGAAGUAACGCCCUCUGUUACAUCUGGGUCGCCACAAAGCAUGACCCAAAAAGGCUUAACCUGAAGGGACUUCAACCCGAGGUAUGACUGUACCUUCCAGAGUAGAAAUGUUUCCAGAAUUCCCGGUCUCUGCCAGACCCCUAAUGGACUGUGUUCUUCACAGCCAGCCCCAUGGCAGGGAUGUGGGGUUCAGAACUGUUCAGUAGGUCCAGUUGGUUUGCAGGGGGCCUGUGGGGGGCAGUGCCAUGGGGGGGGGACUUGGCGCACAUGCGCCUCUCCUGCAUUGAAGGAGGGUUGACUAGAUGACUCCUAGGAUCCCUUCCGACCCCACAGCCCAAUGAUCUUCUUGCCCUUGGCAGGGGAAACCAGGGGCUUCUUCCCCCACAGGCCACGGUGCAGAGGGGCUCUGCUGCCCCCCGGCUCCCAUUGCUUGGCUGGGGGGGGGGGUCCCUCUCUCCGCCCGCAAAUACAAGGCGACAGGAAUCAGAAGGGCCGUCUCUCCCCGCAACAGCUCCCAUUUCCAGACCAGUCAGCAGCCCCCGGCGGACGAAGGGGCCUGUCAGGGCGCAUUAGUGCCAGUGCUGGGCGGGCGCCUUCCCCGCUGACUCCCCUCUCCCUCCGUCAGGAAGUUCUGACUCAUCCAUUUUAACUGUCCAGACGCUCCUGCCAGGGACAUUAUCCGGAGCGCUUUGUAAUCAUGAAAUAUUAAUGGCGGAUAUUGAAUUUAAAGCGCCAUUUAUGUCGGGAUCCUUUGCUGGAAAGGGCAGUUGUAAAGGGGCGGCCUUCAAAGUGGGAGGGGCGGGGAGAGAGGGAGAAAGAGAGAGGGAAGGAGAGAGAGAGAGAGAGAGGUGGGGGGAGAGUCAGCAUCUCCCACCCGGGGACCCAACUGCUUUGUGGGCCUCUUGCAAAGGGCUUUUGCCCUAAGCUGGAAUGUGACCCCUCCCUCCCUCCCUCCCUCUAGGUGCUUCAAGGGCGGGGGGGAGAAGGAUGACAAUGAAUGACGCAUAUCUUCCCGUAACUGCCCAGGCGCCUCAUUCCAGCCCCUGCCCAUUACUGCUGGUGGGGGCACUUGCUGCUCUUUGGGUCUCAACCCCACUUUGGUGCAAUUCAGACACGCAGAAUUGUAGGGUUGGAAGGCACCCCAAGGUCAUCCAGUCCAACCCCCGCAAUGCAGGUUCUGCAGCUAAAGAACCCCCGCCAUAGAUGCUCACACUUUCUGCGCCCGCACACCCCCGGCGCUUCUUGGUGGGGCUGGACGCCCAAGGGUGCCUCUUGCCCUCCUCCCCCUGGGGAGGGGACCUGCUUCCUCCCAUUUCACAGCCCUGGGAGGCCCCUGCCUCUCCGGUGUCCAGAGACCCCUCCAAAUGGGGCCAGGAGCUCCUCUCCCUUCUGGGUUUCCCAGGCUGAACCUCUGCAUGUGGGGAGGGUCAUGGCCGGCCGGCCAGCGGCUGCCCCAUCUCUGGCGCUGGCUUGGCUCUCAAUGGCCCCGAGUCACAAUGGCCCCACUCUGGCUCCCCAGUCCAAUACUUCUGAAUCCCAGUGGCUGGAAACUGCCGGAUGUGAAAGGGCUGCUCUUGCAUAACCUCCAAGUGUCCCGGUUUUCCGGGGAUAGUCCCAGAAUUACAGAAGCUGUCCUGGUUUCUGAUUUGAUCCAUAGCUGUCAACGUUUCCCUUUUUUAAAGGGAAAUUCCCUUAUUCCGAAUAGGAUUCCUCGCAAGAAAAGGGAAAAGUUGACAGCUAUGAUUUGAUCCCAGAAUGUCCACGUUUCCCGGUUUCCUCCCCUCCAUGUCUCUGAGAACAAUCAAAGUGGAGUGUGUGUGUCGGUGCAAAAACAGAGUCCAGUUUAUACUGAAAAUACAAUCCCUGCACCAAGUGAAGGAGACGGGGAGGCCUGCGUAAAAAGCCCCUCAUGGAAUUUCAAAGGAAAAGGUCACCAAUCUGCUUUAAAUUCUUUAAUUGCAAGGCUUCAGCAGCCAGCCGUCCUCAGAAACACCUGGAGUUUUUGUUCCUUUCUUGUAAGUGGAGCCUGAUGCUGUCUACUCGGAAGUAAGUCCCACUGUAGUCAAUGGAGCUUACUCCCAGGUAACUGGGUAAAGACUGGGCAGCCUUUUGCUGCCAUCCAAAGCAGUUCAAUAGGAUUUACUGCCUGGUAUGUUCCUGACCAUUCUCACAGAUUCCAUUACUAUUACUAUUACUAUGAGGUAAAGGUAAAGGUACCCCUGCCCGUACGGGCCAGUCGUGUCCGACUCUGGGGUUGUGCGCCCAUCUCACUUAAGAGGCCGGGGGCCAGUGCCAUCUGGGUCACUUCCGGGUCACUUCCGGGUCACGUGGCCAGCGUGACGAAGCUGCUCUGGCGAGCCAGCACCAGCGCAGCACACGGAAAUGCCGUUUACCUUCCCGCUAUAAAGCGGUCCCUAUUUAUCUACUUGCACUUAGGGGUGCUUUUAAACUGCUAGGUGGGCAGGAGCUGGGACCGAAAGACGGGAGCUCACCCCGCCGCGGGGAUCCGAACCGCCGACCAUGCAAUCGGCAAGCCCUAGGCGCUGAGGUUUUACCCACAGCGCCACCCGCGUCCCUACUAUUACUUAUUACUAUUACUAUUAUUAUUACUGUUCCCCCACCUUUUUCCCUGACAGGGACUCAAGGCAUCUUACAGCUUUUUUCUUUCUUUCAUUCCAUUUAUUGUUUCCCUCGACCUCCAGGUAUAGGGCAGGAUAUAAAUUCAAUAAAUAAAUGAGAUAUUUUUUCUCCUUACAACAACCCUGUGAGGUAGGUGAGGCAGAGAGGUUGGCUCAAGGCGGCAGGUGUAGGUGGGUCAAGAUCCAGCAAGGGAGAAGCUUCCUGGUGCAGACCAGGACGCCCCUCUUUUCACUGGAGAAAUGUUGGCGGGCAUGUGGCUCUUGUGCCGUCAUUCUGUUGCUGGCCUCCCUGAUGGGCACCCGGUUGGCCGCCGUGAGAGCAGGAUGCCUGGCCUGAUCCGGCGCGCUUUGCCUUCUGCUCUGGCUUGGUCUCUUUGGGCAGCCGAGAGCAUUUUCUCGGGGAUGCGCAGGGCCGGGCGCGGCAUGAAGGGGCCUGUUGAGCCCGGAGAGCCUCUUGGAGUGUUUGUGCAAAUAAAUCUUCAUCUCCCGCACAAGCUGUUUACCUUCCUUGGGCUAAUAUUAGGGAUUCUCUCCCUGUUUUCUCCGGCGCUCAUGUAAAAUGAUGGGCCCUUGACUGCUGUGUCCACUGCUGGUAAUUGAGAUGAUAAAUCUUCCUGCCGGAGAACGGCCGUAAUCGGAGACGGAGCUGGACCGCUCCUUAAUUACCCUCCUGCCGCUGAGCCGGGGCAGCGCAAGGGGAGGGGAGGGGGCCAGAGGGAGGGGAGCCCCUCUUUCCGAGGGAGAUUCCUCCCCGGCAAAGGCUCACCUGCGCCAAGGGAGAGGCAGGGGCCAGGAUCCAGAUGCACCAAGGCCGGUCCAGCCGGUCGCUUUGGUGGCAGGGUGAAUGGGGUUAGAAGGAUCAUGGAAUCGGAGGGUUGUAGGGUGGGGAGGGAUCCCAGGGGUCAUCUAGUCCAACCCCCGGCCAUGAAGGAACUCGGCUAAAGAAUCCCUGGAAGAUGGUCAUCCAACCUCCACGUAGAAACCUCAGUCAAAUGAUAGAAUAAUGGGGCAGGAAAGGGACCCCCAGGGCUCACCUUGUGGGGAGUAACUUCCAUCAGAUGUCAAACAGAUAAAACUUGUGUGACUUUUGGAAGACAUCUGAAGGCAGCCCUGUAGGGGGAAGUUUUUGAGGGUUGGUAUUUUGUGGUGUUUUAUAUUUUGCUGGAAGCCGCCCAGAAUGGCUGGGGGAACCCAGUCAGAUGGACAGCAUAUAAAUGAUAAAAAUGUUGUUGUUGUUGUUCAUGUGGGAGGUUCCUUUUAAACCAACCGGGCUUUCUCCUUAAUCCUCGACUUUGGUCAUCUGUUUGACUUUGAUUCAUACACUGAUUCUUCUCUUUCUUUGGCGAUCCCUCGUAGCCGAGUAAGAUUGUCUUCCAUGAACACGGCCUUAACAGUGAGUCCAUUAGUAACUGUGGAGGCCAAUUCUGGAUCCACACAUCCUUCCACAGUGGGGACAUUGGUUUCUGGGCGGGAGUUGAUCACAGUGAGGGUUUUUCCAAGUGUGCCUUCCUCCUAGCAUGUUUCUCCCUUGCGUCCUGAGUUCGAGUGUCUCCAAAGCCCGUGACACCUUUGGUCAAGGCUGUUCUCCAACUGGAGCGCUCACAGGCCAGUGUUUCCCAGUUGUCAGUGUUUAUACUACAUUUUUUAGAUUUGCCUUGAGACAGCCUUUAAACCUCUUUUGUUGACCACCAGCAUUACGCUUUCCAUUUUUAAGUUUGGAAUAGAGUAGUUGCUUUGGAAGACAAUCAUCGGGCAUCCGCACAACAUGACCAGUCAAACGAAGCUGAUGUUGAAGAAUCAUUGCUUCCACACUGGUGAUCUUUGCUUUACCUUUUACGCUCCUGAUAGAGGGUGGUUGGCUGUGGGUCAGGGAUGCUCCCGCUGUGACCCCAGAGGGGCCGGGCUGGGGGGUCCCACCAACUGUGCAAUUCUGGGAGUGGGGUGGGAUUCUGUGCCGGAAUGCAUCCCCCAUGGAUCGCCUCUCCUUGUCAGAGAGGGGAUGCCUUGCCAGCUUCCCCUUGCUGCCCCAUUGGAUGUGGGGAGUCCCUCCCUCCCUCCCUCCCUCUGCUUCCUUCCCCGCUUGUCAGGGGCUGCAGAGGGACUUCUGGCUUCCUGGCACAUCCCCUCCUGCCGGUGCCCCUCCUCACGGGCAGCUGACGCGGUCGGAUCCUUCUGGAUGAGGCCGGCAGGUGCCCACGGCAGGAGCCUGCAGCCCCCCCCGGCUGGGAGUCCCAUCCUGCUUCUCCGUGCCCCCCAGCUCCCCUUCCCACCUGCCUCCCCCCACACCCAACGGCGCUUUCAGAUUAAUGGCAUUCCGACUCCUGGAGGAAAUGCGGUGAAAAAACCGGCAUGUUUAAUUUUAAUUUAGGAAAGCAUUUAGGUAGCGGAGCCUCGUUUCCUCGCUGCUGUCAAUCACGUUUUCUCAAGGCUGACAUCAAUUAGUUUAAAAAUAUUGAAUGUAAUUUUGCCUGACACAACAUAUUGCAGCCACUGCAAAAUAUAAUUUAUUUUAGAAGAAGAAAUAAUUAAACUAAUUUGCAUGUCAGUCAGCCGGGUUGGGAUGCUGGGGGGGGAGGGGCCGGUGGAGAUGAUGGAUCCUCCGGGGAGGGGGAGGGGAGCCGCCUUGCCCCCCUCCCUCCUUGCGACCCCCCCUGGGCUGACUGUGGAGCCCCUUUGGCCUUGGGGUCCCAGCCCUGCGCCUCACAGCAGCCUCUUGCCACAGGUGCCAGCGGAGGGGCUGGCAGGGGCUGGGGGGCAGCAGGGCAGGAGCUGGCAGAGGAGAGGCAGCGGGAAGAUGCCCCCCAGGAGGGGCUAGGAUGGCUUUGCUCCAAGACAUUCAGGAGAAGGGGAGCAAGAGAGGCUGUUGGAGGAGGAAUUGGGGGGGGCUCAAGCUAGGAGGCAUGCCCCCCUCCUUUCUAUUUUAUUCUUAUUUUUUAUUUGCUUUUUUCAAAUACAGAGACAGAAAAGACAAUACAUCCCACGUCCCCUUCCCUCCCCCCUCUGGUUGCACAACUUUCAUAUUCCUCUCGACUAAAUACCUGGUGACUUCCCUCCCACCCUAUUCCUGGUUUCUUUAUUUUUCUAUUAAAUCACGUGUUCCAAAUUCUUCGUCUUCAAAGUUCUUUGCCUGUUAAAUUCUGUUAUAAACCACCAGAAUGCCUAUAUCACGCAAAUCCAAUUGAAAACACACGUAAACGUAAUAGGCCACAUAGUAACAAUCACAAAGUUAUUUACUAGAACUACAGAAAAAUACAAAAGAGAUGAAGAAAUUAGUAAAGAAUGUACUACGGCCCUGACUAUAUAGGACUUGUAGCUUGUACAUACUGGACUUGGUGGUCAACCGAAAAGCUACAUUUUUAUUAUAUUAUGUCACGAUGUUGUUUUUGACAUUAUGGGAAGCGGUAUCUAAUUUUUGAGAAGUCGUUCUAGUAAAUAACUUUGCAAUUCUUAAUAUAUGGCCUAUUCUGUUAAAUUCUGUUAACUUCUGUUCUGCUGGAGUUACAGACCUGCUAGGUUAUUUUCUUGUUUAUACUGGUUCUUAAAAUAUUUGAUAAUCCUUUUCCUCCCCUCCUCCUCUAACCCCCACAAGGACCCUGCCAGGGAGGCUGAGAGGCAGGGACUGGCCCUCAAGGCCCCACCCAGGGAACGGCACAGCCAAGGGGGGAUUUGAACUCUGGUCUCCUGGCUUCUAGUCCUCUUCACAAGAUGGAGCAAACUUGUUUUCUGCUGCUCUGGAGGGCAGAACUCGAACCCAUGGCUUCAAGAAAGGAGAUUCCGACUAAACAGAAGAACUUUCUGGCAGUAAGAGCCGUUCUUCCGUGGGAUGGAAGGAGGCCGACUCUCCUUCCUUGGAGGUUUUUAAGAAGAGGUUGAAUGGCCAUCUGUCUUGGAUGCUUGAGCUGAAAUCGCUGUGUUUCAGGGGGUUGGACUAGAUGACCCUUGGGGUCCCUUCCAGUUCUACAGUUCUGUGAUUCUAUCCGAGGAGACAGGUCACUGGGGGAUGCGAGAUGAGGGGGAAGCUGCUGUGCCCCUUGUGGGCUCCCCAUGGGGGUCUCUGCUUGGCCAUUGGGGGACUGGAUGGGUCUAAUCCACUGGGAAUUCUGGGGCCUCCAUUCAUUUCCAUUCUCGGUGACACUUGCUUCCCCUGAGCUAAAAAGGUAAAGGACCCCUGGACGGUUGAGUCCAGUCUUUUUCUUUUUAAUAACUUUUAAUUAAAUUUUACUAUUUAAUAUUCAAUACAUUUAUCAUAUAAAAAAUAAAAAUAAAACACAACUCCCCCCCCCCCCCCGUGACUUCCCUCAACUUUCCUUCUGGUUCUUUAACUAUUUGCUACUUCUGCUUAAUUUUUGUCUUAUUUUUCAUCUUUAAAUUUACUGCUCUUAUUUUCUCAUCAUUUUUGUACCAGAAUCAUAGAAUCAUAGAACUGUAGAGUUGGAAGGGACCCUGGGGAUCAUCUAGUCCAACCUCCUGCAAUGCAGGAUCCAUACAGGGAUCGAACCUGCAACCUUGGCAUUAUCAGCGCCAUGGUCUAACCAACUGAGCUAUCCAGGCUCAUCUUCUUCAAAUUACAUCUUGCAUUUAAUUAAUUUCCAUGUUGUUAUUUCUUAACCUUUACUCUUGUUUUCUUAGUUGUAAGUGUUUACUCAAACCCUGCUAAUGAGUCCAUUUCUUUACAAUAUUUCUGUAAAUACAGCACGAACAGUUCCCAUUCUUUUUUAAAGUCUCUAUUUUCCUUGUCUCUGAGUCUUCCCAUAAGUUUAGCCAUUUCUGCAGAAUCCAUCAGUUUUGCUUGCCAUUCUUCUUUCAUUGGUAUCUUGUUGUCUUUCCACUUUGGGGCUAGUAAAACCCUAGCCGCUGCUGUCGCAUACAUGAAGAACUUCUUCUGCCCUUUUGGUAAUUCCUGGCCUAUAAUACCUAACAAGAAAGCUUCUGAUUUUUCAACCAAGGUUAUUUUAAACAUCUUUUUCAAUUCGUUAUACAUCAUUUCUCAAUAAUUUUGGGAAAGGCUGGCUGAAUCCCUUCAAAGGAGAACUAUGGGGUCAGCUGUCUCUAUUUGCACUGGCGUGCUUUCGAACUGCUAGGUUGGCAGGAUCCGGGACAGUGCAUGGGGAGCUCACUCUGUCAUGUGGAUUUGAACUGCUGACCUUCUGAUUGGCAAGCCCAAGAGGCUCAGUGGUUUUGACCCCCGUGCCACCCGGGUCCCAAGCUUCCCCUGAACCCCGUUGGCCCUUGUGCCCCCAGCUGGCAGAGAUCCUUCCUUGCAACCCGCUUGGGCACCUGGGAACUUGGCCGCCUCCCUCUGGCAGGCAAAUGUGCGUUUUUUUAGGGCUGUGGGAAGAAAUGGGAGGCGGCUUGUUUGGCUGGUUGAGUUGCUUAAUUUGUAACCCUAGUUUUGUCUCCUGAGCCCCAAGAUGAGCAAAAUGUAAAACCUAUUAAGAACAUGACGCAUUAGUAGGGCAGCCAGGAAAUUGCCCCCUGACUCCCGCAGCCCAGACCAACUCCAGCUACAAAAGCUGAGGCUGCUGAGGAAACUCUUUCACCACUGCCUUCUUAUGGGGUUUUUUUUUUGGGGGGGGGGUUGCUGUUACUACUAUUAAUUUUUUGCAUCUUUUUUUUGUUAUUUUACUGCAUCUUUAUUUUUAGAUCUUACGGCCAUUGUUCAAUUUGGUUGUGGACUUUUUGACGCGUUUUAUUGAUUGUUUGUGACGACUUUUGCUGUGUUUGAAAUUAUGAACCUGUGUUCAUGUUGUGAGCCGCCUUGAGCAUGGUUUUAAAUGUGGAAAGGUAAUGCACAGUUAAGGUGAAGGUGACCGAGAGGCUCUCCUUGGGUCUGACUUGGAGCUACAAGGCAAGUGGGGGGGGGGCUGAAAGACCGAGACCCAGAAGCUUGCAGUGGAAACAGAACAUGGCAGAGAUCCGAGUCAGGGCAGGAGGAGAGGCUCUCGGCGGCAUCUCUGGGCCCCCCCCCCGCUCUGAACCCCCUAUUAGUUCCACUUCCGGCAGGACCCCCCAGUCCCAACGUGCCAGACAUGGAGAGUCCUCCCUUCUCUUCAGUAACUUCACAAAUAAGAAUUAACGAGCAGUUGAUAUAUUUAUAGUCCUUUUAUUACGGCAUCAUGUUGCAAGCACAAAUACAUAGCUCUCCAAUCUUCCUUCCGACUUCAGCAGCAUUUUAGGCGCCAAUGAGAAGUUCCUCCCUCCCUCUGCCUCCUUUGCUCUCUGAUACGUUUGGACCUCCAAGUCCAUGGGGGGGGUCCCCCAGGCUCUCAAGAGACGUCACAACUAGCUGCCCCCUCCCUUCCGGCUCCCUUGUCAUUAUCUCAUAACUCGGUAACUCCUCCUAAGCUUUUCAGCUUCUGUUUCUCUCUCUGCUUCUGAACAUGCUGUGAGCAAGGGGGGGGGGCUCUUCCGCCUCCAGCUCUCCAUCGGAGAGAAGCUGCUCUGCCAUAGAAUGCACCCCCCAGGCCUCGUCUUCAGACCAUUCCCUGGCACACACAGGCUUGGAAAUGCUCACGGCACCAAGAGCCAGAGCCUCCAUCCUGGGCUGCCCUUUGGGUCUCUGCUUCCCUCCCGCCAUUAAUAAACCAGCAGCCUGCGUAAUCCAGGCAGGGCCUGUUUGCAGGAUCAGGUCCAGGGCCCCUGGAGUCCUGCAUGCUGCCCACCAGAUGCUCCAAAGGAAAGCCCUCAUGCGGGACCAGCGCGCAUGGCCGCAUCUCUCCCUGCUUGUCGUCUGCAGCAACUGGCCCUGAGAGGCACGAGAGCAGAGCAGAAACAGGGUCCCGUCUUCCUCUCUAAAUCAGUCCAGUUGGUUGCCAUCCCUCAGUCUUGUGGCAAGGAGUUCCAGAGUUAUGGCAGUGUGUGAAUAUAUUUUGUCCAUCCCGCUGCUUCAUCUGACGGCCGCAUGGACUUCCGGCAUGAUGAGAGCAGGAGGCAAACUUUCCCCUGCCAGCCUUGCGUAAUUUCACACACCUCUGGUUCUGCCACGUUUUACCAGAGUUUCCACACAAGGGAUGUGCUCCCUCCCCGGGAUAUUUUGGGUGGCCCUUUCCUGGGUACACAAUAUCCUCGAUCAGCUGGUUAUUGACCAAAAUAAAUAAAUACAAUAUCCUUUUGGAGGCGAGGCGGCACAGUCCGCCAAACGUGGUUGCCUCAGAGAUUGGUAAAAGGGCAUUGCGAUGGGGGGAGUUUUAUUUUCCUUUCCUAACGCUCCCCAUCAGGCAGGGAUGGCGGCUCAGGAGUCCCUGGCGGGCGGCCAGGCAAUCUCUCUCCCAGAGCCACCAGCCCAGGAGAAGCCACCCGCUUUCUUGGAUGAUUUUCUGAGAUUUCUUGUGAGCUGCGCUUACUUCUGUUGGCUUAAAUUUGUGCUGCUUCGUACGUGUUUUUUCUGAGCUGCCUUGUAAGAAAAGGCUUCUUAAAGAAAUCUGAGCAGUGGCCAAGAGGAGGGAGGGAGGGAGGGGGCAAUGGGCAGCCCCUGCCCCUCCUUCCCAGAUCCAGCAGCCCCCCCUCCUGUGCCCACCUGCCCAUUUCCUCUGCCCGGAUCCAGCCCCUGCCCGGCCCAUCCUUGCAGCUCCGUCUCUCCCACUCCUUUCAGUGGAAAAGGGCAGGUGCCAGGCGCUUGAUGGAUGGCGCUGGCCCCUCCGCCGGGACCCUCCCCUCUAAUCAGCAAAAUGGCAGCCGCGGCAGAGCGAGCUGGAAGAGGGAGGUCUUUGAAGGCCGGCUCUGGCUGGCGUGAUGCCCCUUUGCCCCCGUCCCCCAGGCCUUUGGGCAACGGCGGUUCCUUGCAAACUUAUCAGCAAAGAGGCAGAUGUUGGAGGCCAGCAAGGCAGAGCCAGGCUAGCUGGCCAGCCUGCGGGUGGCAUUGCCAAAGAGUCGGGGAUUGGCAGAGCCCCCUCCCUGGCUAGGCUGCUGCUGGGGCUGCACUUCCUGGGGGGUCUCCUGCUCACGGCUGCAUCCCAGAAUGUCGGCCCCUCUCCCUGCUGCAAAGGGCUCCCAGAAAUGGCUGCUGGUGGAUCAGCACAUCCUGCCCUUCCCAGCAGCCAACCGGGUGCCCCGUGGGCAGGAUGGGGUGCAAGGCCAGCCCCUUCCCCAGCGACUGGCCUUCAUGGCAUGCUCAGAGGCUGACUAAAGCUGCUUUUAGCCUCAAUUUCCUGGAUUUAUGGUGAUAUGAGAGUGGGGCAGGGAAGUCAAUGGGCAAGGCUUCCUCACCCCUGUGGUGCCCGUAUGCCCUCUCCCAUGGGUUCUCUCAUCAAAGUGCCCUGAGGUGGAGGUCAUGGUCUCUCUUGGGCAUUGGCAGAGCUGAGCAGGGAGAGAUGCCCCUCCUUGCCCGCCUCUCUCCAGCAGACGCUCUCUGCCACAGAGGAGGGAGACUGGCACAGUGCCCGUCAGCUGGGCUUGCUGCCAGCCCUGGCCAGAGCAAUGCUUCUUGGCUAAGGGCACCAGCUCCGGGAGUCAGAGGUGGGGGGUGUCUGUGCCUGCUGGGCAGGGCAUCAUCCGCGUUGCUCCCAUCCUACAAGCAGGGUUGGACACCGUCUCCAGGCUCACAGCAGGCUGGCAAGGGGGAGAGGCAGCCGUGGGGUGGGCUGAGGAGGGGGUGUCUUUGCACCAGGUGGGGCUGGCAGGGACUUACCUGGAGGUGGGCAAGGAGCUUGGGGCUGGCCUGCAUUUCUUCAGGGCUGCUGGCCAGAGGGCUUCCUGUGUUUUGGGGCCACUCCCAUUUCCCGUGGGUCAGGCUCUGCUCCUUCCCCACGGCCUCCGUCCUCCCAGGCGGCUGCAUCAGAGAGACUUUGGCUAUGGAGGGGCCUGGUUCCACCUUUGGCUGGGAGAUGCUCUUGGGGUGCCAGCAGCCCCCUCUCUGAGCUCCCUGGCAUGUGGUGGAACCACUGAAUUGUAGAGGUGACAGAUUGUGACCACCCCUGGGGCCACCCAGUGUAUUAUCCUGCCAGGGAAGUGGACAGUUUAGAUCAGGGGUCACCAACUGAAGGCCCAUGGGCCAGGAGUGGCCCACGGAGGUCAUUUGACCAGCCCAUGAGCCGCCCCCAAACUCAGCUAGUCGCUCACACGCUGCGCUAAACUGGCGCAGCACGGCACAGGGACUUGCUUCCGCGGCACCGAAAAUCGCGUCUGCACACACGCAGGCACCAAAUUUCAUGGGCGGGUGCAGGAUCCAGCCCACGGAGGGAUCUUUGUGGGACUGAUCCGGCCCAGGCAAGAUAAACCUUGCUGACCCCUGGUUUAGAUUCUGCCUUAAGUGGGUAGGAAUUACGCAGCCACCCGAGGUCACUUUGAUGUCCAUCAGAUUCAAUUGUGGUGGACAAAAACUGGUACAGUGGUACCUCGGUUUUCGAACAUAAUCCACUCCAGAAGUCCGUUUGUGUUCCGAAACAUUCAAAAACCCAAAACUGAAAUUGGAAGCCUCAAAACGGAAAACUGUUCGACUUCCAAGGCACGUUCGAAAACCAAGGCAUUGACUUCUGGGUUUUUGGUGUUCGAGUUCUGAAACGUUCGACUGCGGAGGCGUUCGGAAACCGAGGUACCACUGUAUCGGUUUCUUCAUGCCUAGGUUGAGAAAACCUUAUUGCAGCAUCUGCAACACGAGGGACCGGCAGAGGAGCCAGGAAGGUUUCAUCUGCGUGGGCUUGAGCAGUUCUUCAGGCGCUGAACAAGUGGCCUUGAAACAAUUGUAGCUUACUUGCGAGUAAGCGCGUCUUUAGGGCUCUUAGCAUCCGUGCAUCCAACGGCAGGGCAGGGUGCGGCUAUGCGCCAAGACGUGGUGUCUCCUGGCGGCGCAGGUGGAAGCUGGCAGGGAAGGGAAAGCGGACUUCCGGAGGUGGCCAGGUGAGAGGAAUCGGAGCCGGUGGUGGGCGCUGCCAAUCAGAUGCCGCGCCUGGUUUACCUCAGCGCAGCGCUUGGAUGUCUCUGGCAAUCAAAUGCCACUGAGGUGAAACAAGCGUGGCUGUUGAGUGGCAGAGCGGCUGCUGCCCAGCCUCUUCCUGCCAUUGCCAUCACCUGGAGUCUUGGCUUUGCGGAGCGGGGCAGAUUUAUGACCCAGGUGGGCCUGAUCCGGCCUGUGGGCCUUAGUUUGCCACCCCCUGCCUCAAACCUCUCAGUCCCCUCUGCCCUUUUCUGUGUUCCAGACAAUCACGCGCAGGUGUCCAGGAAGACCCUUCGCAUCCGCAUCCUGGACGUGAACGACAAUCCUCCUGAACUCGCCACGCCUUACGAGGCGGCCGUCUGCGAGGACGCCAAGCCUGGGCAGGUGAGGAGCAGGAGGGGGGCAGCUGGGGGGCAGCCAGGUGAGGGGCUCUGAGCCCACAAGGCAGGCCCUGGACUUGGCAGGGAGACCUCAGGCAUGGGCAGGGGGACAGGGCCCAUAUGGGGCAGGGACAGCCUUGCUGGGCAGAAAGGUCCCCCCAAACCCUGGAAACUCCCCUCCCCUCCCACCUGCUUGCUUUUGCUUAGGGAGGGGCUGGGGGUGUCUUAUGUGGCGUAUGGCAGCCCUGACCACUGGCUGUGGGGCGCUGUGGUCCAGCAGGAGGAGGGAGGGGUUGGUGCACUGCAAUUGGGGUGGGGGCUUUCCUCUCCCCUUUCUGUCUCUCUUUUCUUUCCACAUCCCAGCUCCCCAAGCUGCUGGGGUGGCUCAGCGGCUGUCAAUCAGCGAAGUCAAUCGAAGUCAAUCGGGGGUGAAGCCAUCACCCCCGCUGGGGAGGCCGUCCUUCCUGUCCUGCCAUGCUGGGGGGGGGCACUUUUGGGAGCUGCAGUCUUUGUCUGCCCCUGAGAGGCACCUGUGGCCCCACCUGCCCCAGACCCCCCCACCCCUUGGGUGCAGUUUGAGGGGGAGGGGCUCUUCUAGAAUACAUAUAUUUUACUGAGAUAAUUACAACACAUUAAAGUAAGUUUUUAAAAGAAAAGAGAGAGAGAGAAUACAUAAGAGCAAUAAAUGUAAUUAAGGUUGCAAAGCUGAAAUAUAAACUUAGUAUAGGUUGAUUCACGAUGGUUUUGACAAAUACGUUUGAAACAGCAUUAAAGACGUCCGUGGAUAAUCGUUAUCUGGAAGAAUGGGCUGUAAGAGUUUUCAUAUCCAUUGAUCAAAGGGGGGGGCAUAUCUGUGUCUUUCCAACGUAUCAGGAUCGAUCUAUUUGUGGGGGGGGGGCACUGAGAAUCCAUUGGCGCUGAGCCAAUCCAUUGGCGCCCCGAGCUGGGCAUGUUGUUUGAGCUGCUCCUCUGAGCGCUGCCCUCCUUCCCUGCAGCUGAUCCAGACCAUCAGCGUCGUGGACCGGGAUGAGCCCCAGAGCGGCCACCGCUUCUACUUCACUCUGGCCCCCGAGGCCUCCUCCAGCCACCACUUCUCCCUGCUGGAUAUCGAGGGUAAGCCGUGGAGUCAGAGAGCACAGAGGGACCCCCAGGUCAUCUGGUCCAGCCCCACCACCUUGCCUCCCCCCCCAGGUAGCUCUUCCGCCUGCUCUCCUGCCCCCGAGGCCGGCAGCCCUGCCCCACGGCCCCCUCCCCACGCAUGCCAGCUCCUGCCCCAUUCUUGGCGAGCCCCCCCUCUGCCCUGCCCGCCUCCCCUCUGCUCUCUCCUGGGCGCGGUAUAAAUAUCGGCGGUGACAAACGGCCGCCAACGGCCCAUCUGUUUCUUUGUACAAAUUUGUAGCCAGUUUUGAGAUGUGAUUUAUAAAUAUUGCUGCUGGAGCCAAGACAAGACACUGAUGGAUGCCAGCCCAGAUGGAGACACAAAGCGCUCACUUAAAUCUCCUCCUUUUACAUCCUCGGCCGCGGCAGGAAGAGAUCUCGGGCGCAAAGCUCCACGCAGCCCUCCCUGCCUGGCCCCGAGAUUGCUCCCCGGGGUCAGGCUGGUAGAAGGGGGUGGGUGGGAAAAAGGAGGGCGUCCUGGUUCCUGAGAGGGGCAAGGAAGCUGCUCUUCUCCUGUGAUGCCCGCAAGCAUUCCUGCCUUGCAGGGGGUUGGGCUGGAUGACCUUUGGGGGUCCCUGCCAGCUCUGCAAUUCUGUGCAUCUAAGCUCCACUGGGACGCAUCUGGGUUUGGACUGAGAUGCCCACCAAAGUGGGGCAGGGGGACAACUGCUCUCCUUCUGGGCUUGUGAGCUUCCAGGGGCCUCUGACCCCCUCUGUGGCUGCAGGGGCUGCAUUUCCUAGCCCAGAGAGUUCUGUGUGUCCCUUCAGCAAAACCUCCCCACAGAGAGCAAGGAAACAGGAACAGGCACAACAGUAAGAAGAAGAAGCAGCCACUGACAAGGAGGAUUUCUUUCAUAUUCAUUUAUUUAUUUCUUAAGAUUUAUAUGCCGCUCAAUUGUGGAGGGGAAAAACCCAACCCCCAAGGCGGUUUAGAAAAUGAUCAAACCCAGAAAGAAUGUACAGCAAUCGUUUAAAAGAGACAAAAAGUUAUACGCAUAUAAAAUUCGCAUCCACUUUCUCAGCAUCCAAAGAGUUCCUCAUGUUUCCAGCUGGCCUUCUGGGAUCUGCACAGGCAGAAAUCCGACCAAGGAAGCUUUUUCCAGCCCCGCACCUCCCUGAUGAAUUUCUGCCUGUUGUGCAGGCACUUCGCAGGGUCACAUCGUCCCCCACCCACAGCCUGCAAGGGUGGUCCAGCUGCCGCUCUCUGCCCCACCUCAGGGGCAGACUGUGGGUCCAUUGGGUCCCACAUGUCUGGGGCUUUGACCCUCCAAUCUCCCCCCCCCCGCCAAUGCCAUUGGACCUUUCCCUGGGGAGCUUGAAUGGCAGCUAACAUCCCAUGGGGUGUCCUGUGGGACACACCCACCCCGCCAGCUUGUUUUCUCCUGCUCCGGAGGGCAGGACUCGAACCCAUGGCUGCAAGUUGCAAGGAAGGAGAUUCCAACACAACAUCAGGAAGAACUUUAUGCCAGUAAGAGCCAUUUGUGGGAUGGAAGGAGAUGGGCUCUCCUUCCUGGGAGGUUUUUAAGAAGAGGCUGGAUGGCUUGGACGCCGGAGCUGAGAUCCUUGUGUUUCAGGGGAUUAGACUAGAUGACUCUUAGGGGCCCCUUCCAACUCUAGCAUUCUAUGACCCCCCAAUCCCAAUGGAGGCAGGCUUUGCUGGGCUGCAUGGAACAAGUGCAGGGUGCAGGUGGGGGAGAUGGGGGAGAUGGAGGGCCCCUCCCUAGACCUCCCCCAAAACACACAAGGCAGAGAUGAGGCAGGACAGAUUGGGGUGGGGGCACAUCCCAGAACGGCAGCCCCCACCCUCCCACUUUUGCAAUGGGAGAAGAAGGUUUGUCUCCUGCCGGGCUGCUUUUUGCUCUGAAAGAUCCUCUGUGUGUGUGUGUGUGUGUUUCUUGGCUGGCUGGUGGCUAAUUGGGAGCGACACCGGACGGCUCCUGACUGCAGGCAAAAGGAGCAGAUGCAGGAACUCUCUAAAGAUCUUGUUAGAAGCAAGGUUUUUUUGGGGGGGGGCAGGAGGAGCUGGCAGCUUCCUGGGGAACCUGACAGCGAAGAGAGGAAGGCGGGAGAGGAUCUGCAGAGUCUGUGCCUGCAAGGGGGGGGGGGGGAGAGAACUGACUCUGGCUGGGCUGGCCCCGAGGACGAAUCCUGCUGCACCAGCUGCAAAGAGCAUCUGACAGCCCUCAGGUGGGGGUGGGGGGGCUACCUGGGGAAGGGGCCGCCUGCCACUCUCCGUCCAUCCCAUGACCCUCUGCCUCCUUGGAUUAGAAUCAGUAGAAAAAAGGACAGUCACGGAACUGAGAAAUUACACAAAACAAAUGAAAUACCAUGAAAAUCCCUGAAACAAGAAGUAAUCGACUAGAAAUUUGAAUUUUAGUCAUUUAAGGUUUAUGAUUUUUCUAUUUCCUUCUGAGGAGACUGAAUAGUUCAGUGAAACGAGGUUCGUAGCUGGCUUCCCGUUAAGGCUUUGUACAAUUCUAGGUUUUUCUAAUUUUUUCCUUAAACUUUUUGAUUUUUAUUAUUUAGUUUAUUUCUAUAAGAUAAUUUUUCUUUUUCUUUUUUAAUGAUAUUUAUUGAGAAUUUUAAAGUUACAAAGAAAAAAGAAAGAAAAGACAAGAGAAGGAAAAAAAGAGAGAAAGAAGUAGAUAAACAUAACAAUUAAACAAUACAAUUCAAUAAAAACCAAAGUCGAAAAAAAUAACAAAACACACAAUGCAUCAAGAUCAAAAAACAAAAAUACAAAAAACAAAAAACAAAAAUAACCAAAAAAUUAAAAAACAAGUCUAAUAUUCUCAAAUCCUUAACUUUCAUUAACUUAUUUCAACGACCUCCUCACACCUCCCUUUUUUGUAUUCUAGUUGUUAAUUAUCUCAGCAAAUCCUUUCCAUCUUUCACAGUAUUUUGUCAUUUAAAUUACCUUAAUCUAUUUUAACCUUAUCUUACCCUAAAAAACCUUAAAACUUAAAUCUUAUAUAUACCAAAUUCUUUUAACCAUAACGUAUUCUUACAUAAUUCUUUUUGACAUUUCUACUAAGGCCCAAUAAUUUCAUUCCAACAUUUUUCUAAUACUCAUAAUUUUAUGAUACUUUUCUAAAUAAAUUUUUAAAACUUUCUUCCAAUCUUCAUCCAUCGUCUCUUCUUCCUGGUCUCGGGAUUUUGUCAGUCCUUUCUCAUCCAUCUAACCCAUCAACCUGGUGCUCUAAUGUCCGAGGCUCUUAAGUCUUUUCCAUGUCCCUUCUGCAGGUCUUCUUCUUGUUUAUAUCUGCCCUUUACUUUGUCUUUUGUUGAUCUUUUUCUUAUUUUCUUUCCUUUCUCAUUGGGGGGUAGGUCUCGGGAGGACUCCAAUCCAAAAGUAUCUCCAUCUCUCCUCAGCAGAUCAGCCCAUUCCCCACAGUCCCAUUCCCCACAGUCAACACUGUAAUCCAGAAAGUAUUUAAAAGCAUGUUUCAAAGUCCUUCCCAAAUCAAGAGCCCUCACAACUCCAGACCCCCCCUGGUCCACUCCAGAUUCAAACUUCAAGAGCAGCGGCUUAUACUCCUGCAAGGCCUCGGAUCUCUCCAUUUGUGUUAUUUGAGGUUCAACAGCAACCUCCUCCAUUUUCUUCUGCACUUGCGCUUGCCCUAUCAAAACAGAUUCCUGGGCUGGUUCCUGAAUAGUUUCUAUAUGGGUAUUUGCCGUUUGUCCAAAGUUUUUAACUGCAACAGUCAUCAAAUCCAUCUUCUCAUGCAUCUGCUCCAGCAAAGCACUUGUCUUGCAAAAAGCAAGCACCAAAACUUCUUGUAAACACAUUUUUCCCCCCAAGGUUAGAGUCUGGUCUCACGAUCCUAAUCAUACAGCUGUGAGGUCCCCAGAUCAGCUCCGGCAACAAAUUAACAGGCUCCCUCUAGAGGAGACAAUUUCUAUUUGUAUCCAUCUUUUAAAAGCAGGACCAACAAAGAAAAAUUAUUUCACUUUUCAAAUACUUUGUUUCUUUUGAUUGCAAGAAGCAACAUUGGAGUCAAUUUGUUUCUCUUUUUUUUCACCAUCUGUCAAAAGACAUUCCAUUCACAGUCGAUGAACUUCCCAAUAAAUUUCUGUCUCUGACACCCCGUUCCCAGGUUUGAGAUAGUGGAAAAUUUAUCUCUCUUUACUCUCUCUCCUGCAGGCUUAAACAGUCAAAAAUCCCCCUCUUUUCUCCUGCUUCCAAGAGGGGUUUUGGUGGUGAUGAAUGAAGGAAAUUUAAAACUUUAUAUAUGACUUUCCAGACUUUAGCUUACAAAGUUUUUGCUUCAAUCUAUUUACAAAAAACGGGAGGCGGACUUCCUGUUUAGAACCUUCCCGUUUCGGUGCCAAAUUAAAAUAUUUCUUAGUACUUGAUCCAAUUUUCCGUUCUACUCACGGGUACUUGUUUAGAGUCCAAUUGUCCACAGGAAAAGGUCAGCGCUCUCCGGCAAUGGCUGUGCGGCUUCACUCCGUAAAAGUACCGGUUGAUUCAAAACACCGCGCCGCUCACGCCACGUCGCUUCGGACCCCCGAAAAAGGGGUUCCCUGCGAGUAGGGGAGGCGCUCCUGGUGUCAGCCGAAUCCCACGUUCCCAGGCUUCCUCCGCCUGGGAUUUUUAAAGGGUCUCCGCCUUCGCCGCGGCAGCAAGACCCGAUUUUCACGGAGCGGGUUCCUCUCUGUCAGAGGAACUCCGCCAUUGCCGAUGGCGCUUUCCCGGAAGUCCCUAUAAGAUAAUAUUUCUAGUCGAUUACUUCUCGUUUCAGGUAUUUUCACAGUAUUUCACUUGUUUUGUGUCAUUCCUUGGAUUAGAAUGGUGGAAUUGUAGGGUUGGGUGGGACCCCCAAGGGCCAUCCAGUCUGACCCCCUGCGAUGCACGAUGCCCCUUCUGCCUCCCCACAGACAACACGGCCGCCGUGCACACGCAGCGCCUGGGCUUCAACCGGCAGGAGCAGGACCUCUUCCUGCUGCCCAUCCUGGUGGUGGACAGCGGGCCCCCCACCCUCAGCAGCACCGGCACCCUCACCAUCCGCAUCUGCGGCUGCGACAGCUCCGGCGCCAUCCAGUCCUGCAACACCACCGCCUACGUGGUCUCCGCCUCGCUCAGCCCCGGAGCCCUCAUUGCCCUGCUGGUCUGCGUCCUCAUCCUCAUCGGUGAGUCUCUGCACCCCACGGAGCCCCCUUCCUGCCCCUCCGGGGGGGAGGGCCACACCUCCAAGAACAGGCUUAGACGCACAACAUAGAAAUAUAAAAUGAGGACACAAAUACAUAAGAAAAGGAAAGGAAAACAAUGAAGCCCCUCCAUCAACACUUUAAAGGACAGAGGCUGUUCAUCAGCCAAAGGCCGAGUGAAAGAAAAACUUUUUUCCUGGCACCUAAAGAUAUGGAAGGAAGGUGCCACAGAUGGGGAGCCACUGCAGAAAAGGUCCCGUUCUCGUGUUGCCACCCUCCGCACCUGGAGGAGGAGGCACACGAAGGCGGGGCUCAGAGGAAGAUCUCAGGGUCCGGGUAGGUUCAUAUGGAAAGAGGCGGUCCUGGGGUAUUGGGCUCCUGAACCAGUUAAGGCUUUAUAGGUCAAAAGCAGCACUUACAAUUGGGCCUGGAAACUAAUCAGUAGUCAGUGUAGUUGGACCAGGAUCAGUGUAAUAGGCUCAAGCCAUCUUGCUCCGGUGAGCAACCUGGCUGCCGAAUUCUGCACCAGUUGAAGCUUCUGAACUGUCUUCAGGGGCAGCUCUAUGCAGAACACGUUGCAGUAAUCCAUCCUUGAGGCUACCAGAGCAGAGACAGCAGAAGUUAAAACUAUCCCUGUAGGGGCUCAGCUGGGACACCAGGCGAAGCUGACGGAAGGUCCUCUGUGCCACUGAGCCUCAAGCGACAGUAGUGGAUCCAGAAGGACCUGCUCCUUCAGAGGAAGGGGAACCCCAUCAAGAGCAGGUGCCCUCCCACCCAUCUGGUCCAGGGAAUCCCCCACUAACGGGACCUCCGUCUUAUCUGGGUUGAGCUUCAGUUUGUUGGCUCUCAUCCUGUCCAUGACCGAGGCAAGACACUGGUCCAGAACUCCCACUGCCUCACCUGCAGAUGCCAGGGAGAAAAAGAGCUGAGUGGCAUCAGCAUACUGCUGGCAACAGACUCCAAACCUCCGGAUGACCCCACUCAGAGGUUUCACGUAGAUGUAUAACAGCAGGAGGGAUAAUACAGACUUUGAGGAACCCCACAUUGAGGGCUCCAUGAGGCCUGAGCCCUUCUCAAGCCUCCCUCUCUGGAAAGGAGCCAGAGGAGGUGGCUUUGCCUUUGUAAGGAAAGGGAGAGCCCGUUCGGGUAGGAGGUGCUUGGAAGGAGCCCUUGGCUCUUGCCUUGUCCUGGGGGGUCCCCUGCUCUCUUCCCGCCUUGACCACCCCUCUCCCCCCCCCCCAGUGCUGGUCCUCCUGAUCCUGACUCUGAAGCGGCACCAGAAGGGCCACCUCUCUUCCGAGGAGGACGAGGACAUGCGCGACAACGUCAUCAAGUACAACGACGAGGGGGGCGGGGAGCAGGACACGGAGGCCUACGACAUGUCUGCCCUGCGCAGCCUCUACGACUUUGCGGAGACCAAGGGGGGCGGGGGCGAGGGCCCCCCCGUCCUGCCCUCGGAGCUGCACUCGCUGCCGCAGUGGCGCCCGGCGCCCGACUUGGACUUCUCCGUCUUCAGGGACUACAUCAGCAGGAAAGUGGGGCAGGCGGACGAGGACCCUUCUGUGCCCCCCUACGACUCCUUCCAGACCUACGCCUUUGAGGGGGCCGACUCCCCUCCCGCCUCCCUCAGCUCCAUCGCCUCUCGCUCCACGGGCUCCGAGCAGGACUUCUCCUACCUGGGCAGCUGGGGGCCACGCUUCCGGCAGCUGGCGGCCCUCUACGCCGGGCGCCGGGGAGGGGAGGAGGACGGCGGCGGUGGCAGCGCAGAGUCCUAGGCCCACCAAACCAAAAAGACACCCCACCCACAGCGGAGGAAAGAGAGCCAGGCUGGCAGUGGCUUCUGGGGGGGGCACCGUGCGGGCGCAGCCAGGUCCAGCCACACAGCAGAACCCCCCAAGUGCCCUGGCCUGCCUGCAAGGGGAGGGCCUUGGGGUGAGGGAGGGCCAGGGCAGGGGGCCAGGGAAGCCCCACUGCUUGCCCCCUCUCCUCCUCUUCUACUGAAACUCUCCACGCCCCUUGAAGACUGCAUCUCUGCCCGCCAGGACUUCUCCCCUGGCAAAUUAUCAUUUAAAUGGAUCUGUGCAGGGGAGGGGGCGGCCUGCCUGGGAGGGAGGGGAGCCUUUUGUUGUCGAAAUUGAUUUUGUCACUUGAUUCCAACGUUUGACAAGCUUUGAUUUGCUAAGCGGAGUCUUUGCCAAGAGGAGCCUGCUGCUCCUUCUCCCGCUGGCUGGCUCUCCUUCCCGGGUCUCCCUCUCCAGGACAUUCCCCCGGGACCUUCCUCUCUGGCCUCAUCCUCGGGGAAGGGGAGGCCUUUGGUUGUGGGUUCCAGGGAGGGGAGGGGGCACAGCGCUUUUGCAGUGAGGGGGGGACCAUUUUGAUUCCCUCCCUUGGCGGCAUUCCGUAUUGCAUUUUGGAUUAGAACCUUCCACCCCUCUUGGGGACCAAUCCUCAGGGUCUUCUAAUUCUCCACAGCAGAGCGCUCCUCUCCCACACGCAGCCCCAGACACGCCCCCAGCAAAGACACCCCCACCUCGUCCUCCCCAGGUGCUUGCAGUGUGACAUCCUUCCCCUCCAGCAGGUGCAUCACUGUUCCGUAGGGUCUCCCCCCGCCAACCGUCCCCUUCUGGCUCCACCUGCCUGUUUCCCUCUUGCAAAAGUUGUGUGCCAUUGGCAGACUCCUGGGACUCCCCCCACCUCUCCCUGCCAUGGGUCUGAGGGAGGCAGCUCUCUUGGGGCAAAUGGUUGCCCCACAGCCUCCUUGCCGGUCCCACUUCUCCCUACAAAACACCCGGCUUUUCGGGUGAGAGACCAUCAAGGGCCCAUUGGGACUUGGGGCCAAGAUGCAGGCCUGAAGGUGUGUUGGGGGGCUGGGAGUGGGGCAGCCUUCAUGACUCCCCUUUCCCCUGGCACCUGCUGUGACCCCCAAGCUCCCUGUUCCUGGCCAGUUCCCCCCCUCCUGCCCCCCUUUGCAGGCCUGCCUGACUUUACGGCUCGGACCAAGCCGAGUCGCUGGUUCUCAGGAUUUUUCCCAGUCUCCCUGGGCUGUUCCGGUAGUGGGAGGGGGUGGGUGGGAUGGGCCUCCCCAAGCCAGCCUGGCCUUCACUGUGACUUCCCCUCUGGUUCUAGAGAGGCAACUGGGCAGAUGGCAGCCCGCCCCCCAUGGUCCUUGUCCAAAGGGUGGGGGCUGGAUGCAGGGAAAGCGGCUCUUUGCUCCCCUCCCUCUCCUCCUCAGGAACACCUCCCAUUCGCUCCCCUCCCUGUUCCCUGGGGGCAGCCGGCCUCUCAGGCCACGGGCCAAACAGGGUAUGUAUCUGGCGCUCCCCCCCCCACACUGCCUGCCCUCCCACCCACCUGCCCAGAGCUGCUGUCCUGGUGACACCCCUCCACUCCUGCCUCUUCCCACCUGUAAAUAGGGGUGCGUCUCCCCUGCCCCCCAAAGGAUGCCCCCGCAGGAGGAGCUGGCAGGCCCAUGGAGCACGGGGGGGGGGGGGGCAGCUGUGCUUUGAGUUCUGAGCCAGCCGAGUUGCUCACCUUUGGUAUUUUCACACUUUGGUCUUUCUGGGACCCGGAAAUAAAUGAUCUCCUUGUCGUCUUCCU